AUGCAUACCGGUCAUCCAUCGGAUUCAGAAAGGUAUUAACAGAUCUACACAUUUUAUUUCGCUUUUUGGUGAAGACUUGUGAUACCUCAAAUAAACUGAAACUGCUCAAUUUUUAUUUUUUUUUAUAAAAAAAUAGUAAUCAUUCUAUUAUGGCUCAAGCUGGCAAAUAUUCUAAAGCCUGAACUAUCAGAUGUUAGUGAAACUAGAUUAACUGCAACAGGUGCCAAGAAGUGGAUGGAUUCUGCACAAUCUAUCAGUGAAAUAAAAGAGAAACAAAACUAAUGUAAGCGUGUGAUUGAAAGACACCAGUUCCUGAUUUAUCAGCUUCCAAGACUGCAGUGCGCAAAGUACGUGUGCCAAUGUGCUUAAUCCUGUCUAUUCACAUUUGAAGUGACAUGUAGCCUGAUCCCGGGCAAGUUUUCUUGGUGUUAGCCUCCACUGAACUCAGUGGGAUUUUAUUCCAAAAUAGCUUUGUGCAGGAUUACAGCCUAAGUGAUGUUCAUCAGAUUAUAUAUUUGAGAUGCAUGGGCAUGUGAGAUUUGAACCAAUUGUCAAGGUGACUUCAUGGCAGGGGGCUCCUCAUUGGAUGACAGCAGCUUCAAAUCACUAGCCCAAAAGCACUUCUUAGAUCACUUUUUGGGUUUCCCCUCCAUCUUAGUUUUCCAUUAUCUGUGAACAGAUUCUCUUCCCUGACUGCUUUCAUCAUAUAUGGAGAUCUGAAGCAGCUCUAAUUUGCUUGUUUGUUGCUGUUGUUUAGACAUUUAGUCAUGUCCGACUCUUCGUGACCCCAUGGACCAGAGCACGCCAGGCACUCCUGUCUUCCACUGCCUCCUGCAGUUUAGUCAAAAAUUUGCUUGCUUAGAUAUCUGCAUUAGUGAUUCAAUUUUUCCACACUCCUGAAUAUGUAACACCUCAUUGGCAUGGCAAAAUUAGGCCCCCAUCAGUUAGCACCUCUCAAGAAGACUUUCAGGAAACAUUCAUAAUUGUUUUGUAGCUUAAGAUGAGAGCAAGAGGUAAUUAUUUUGGAUGGGCACAGUUGUUUCUGACUGGCUUAUUCACUGUGAAUUAUGACUAUUUUAGUCAUAAUAGUCAUAAUUCUGUAAAACAGAUCAUAAACAAGGCAAAAAAUUAUGUUUAUUUAUGUUUAUUAUUUUAUUAGAAUGAUUUACCAUACCUUUCUGCUAAUACAGCAGUCAAGGCACCAACCACCACAUUAUUAAUUUUAAAAACAUACAAUAAAAAAAAUAAAAAAUAAGAGAGGCAACAUUCAUGUUAUUGUGAAAUUAUCAUCCCUGCUGGAAAUAACAAAUGUCAGGUGGUAUUGUGAACAUGUGCCCUGCCUCUAAAGUAUCAUGAGGAAGAAGAAAACUGUUCUACGUUGCAUUGCCUUAAGUUGUGAUGGAAAUAUAAACUCACUCCAAGAACAUGUAUGAAUAUCCAUUUAUUUAUUUUUUUAAAAUCUAGAAAAAUGUUAAAAAAGGUAUUUCAGAAUAAACUCAACAUAUUCCAGCAAAGGUCAGCCAGAGAAGAUUAAAAAUAGCUUCUAAAACUGAUAAAAACAAGAGAGAUCAAGAAGGAAGAGUCCUUGCAGACCACAAUGCAGGAAUCCCCCUACUGUGGAGUGAACUGUCUAUCACCACUCCUGUAGAAACUUCAGAUAAAGGUCAAGGCUUAGACUGCAUACACAUUCCCAUUAACUCUGCAUUCAUUGCACUUCACUGCUGUUUUGGGAAAGCAGUGCACACAGGACACUAGCCACCACCUAUAUUAAUCCUGUGUAAUAUAGCCUGUCAUCUCAUAUGAUUUCCCAGCCUCAAAGUAGUCCAAUGUAGUCCUUUUCUUGCUCUUCUAUGCAUAGUUCCUUUAGACGGCAGGAGCCACAGCAGCUAUAGCAACAGUAGGCAUGCACUGAGCAAAUGUGCACAAAUGAAGGCUAUUUCUUUUGGAUGGAAAAAUGCAGCUCUCAGUGUCUCAGAAUUCAAUACACCUUGGUUAUUUGCCACUGCCCCAGGCCACAGCAGAGGGAAAAAGCUCUUUGGCUCCUACUGUCAUUUCUUCUUCUUCUUCUUCUUCUUCUUCUUCUUCUUCUUCUUCUUCUUCUUCUUCUUCUUUCUAUACCACCUUUCAGCUGAGGCUUACAGGGCAGUUUAGAUUAUAAAAACCACAAAAAACAACAUAGUAACAAACAAAAACAAUAGCCCCUUCCCCACAGUUAAAAAGGCCAUAGGUUGUUUGAUUAGCUAAAGGCCUGGGAGAGGAGGCAUGUUUUUGCCCGGUGCCUAAAGAUAUGUAAUGAAGGCACCAAGAAAGCUUCCCUGCAGAGAGCAUUCCACAAACAGGGAGCAACCACAGAAAAGGCUUGUUCUUGUGUUGCCACCCUCCAGACCUUUUGUGAUGAAGGCACACAAAGAAAGGCUUCAAAUGAUGAUUGCAGGAUCCAGGUGGGUUCAUAUGGAGAGAGGCGGUCCUUGAGGUAUUGUGGUCCUGAGCUGUUUAAAGCUUUAUAGGGCAAAACCAGAACUUUGAAUUGGGCCUGGAAACUAACUGGCAGCUAGUACAGCUGUGCCAGGAUUGGUGCUGCAUGCUCAAACUGGCAAGGAAGUAGGCCACUGAAUUCUGUACCAGUUGAAUUUUCUGAACCAUCAGCAGCCCCACGUAUAACACAUUGCAGUAAUCUAACCUAGAGGUUACCAGGGCAUAGACAACAGUACUUAGGCUAUGGAAACCAUAUAUUUCCAUGAAGAGCAUGUUUUCUUUUGUUGUUAGUCAUAUGGCUCUUGAAAAUUAAGCCGAAGCUAUUAGGAAGCAACUGGUUCAGUCCAUAUUAACAGCACUGUUCUAUUCCAAAUGUGUCAUUUCACAGCUAAACAGCUGCUGACGAUUAACUGUUCUUUAAAAGCGUCAUUCCCUUUUUUCAUAAGGGGAACAGAAGCAUGGAGGCGUUUAUAGGGUUGAAACAGGACUGAAUGAAACCUGCACUUAUUUUCUCUUUGUUGUGCAGAUCACAUUCUUAAUUGCCACCCUACUUCUCCAAGCAGUGAGAAGUUCUAGGGGUCCAGCAUUUGGUUUCCUUUCCAAGGAGGCCACUGGAAGCUUAUGGACAUUUGCAGUAUUUCCACUUGUUUGGUUGAGUCUAGGUGGAGGAACACAGCCUAGAAGCUUUGACAUCCAGCCGAAGGCUACUAAAACAGCUAGCACCCAAAAAUACUGUUAGCUUACAGAUUCCAAAAUACAGCUCUUUGCCUUUAUCUGCCUCUCUCAAACUGCAGUCUGUUUCCUUCCAGACAGGCUGAGUACACACAAUAAUUUUAAGUACAUCCCGUGUUUAAGAAUUGUGGUAACUGUACUUCACCCCCCACAGAGCUACAAUUCACAGCACCCUUAAUAAACUACAGUUCCCAGGAUUCUUUGUGUGUGUGUGGAGGGGUGGGUUUUAAAUGUAUGGAGUGUUCACAGCCAUAGAAGCACAUUGUCCCCUCUCCCUGGCUGGAUUUGAAGCAGGAGAUCUGGAUCAGCCAUCUUCUCUGACCAUCACCUAGCUUCUUGGGUCAUUUUAGCUUCCAUGGAGACACAUCACAGGACUAUCAACAAUAUUUGGUCAGUUCUAAGAAAAUCAGUAACACAGACACAACUGUUCUCAUAGAAUAGAAUCAUAGAAUCAUAGAAUCAUAGAGUUGGAAGAGACCACAAGGGCCAUCGAGUCCAACCCCCUGCCAAGCAGGAAACACCAUCAGAGCACUCCUGACAUAUGGUUGUCAAGCCUCUGCUUAAAGACCUCCAAAGAAGGAGACUCCACCACACUCCUUGGCAGCAAAUUCCACUGUCGAACAGCUCUUACUGUCAGGAAGUUCUUCCUAAUUGUGCUGGUCCCGGGGGUAAGGUACCUUGGGUGUAGCAGAGUCCACACGAAGAGGGGCAAGGUCCGAGGCAGAGAGCCGGGCGGGGAACAGGAAUGCUGGAACAGGAGGCUGUGCAGGGAACAGGAACACCGGAUGGUCGGGAACAGGAGGCCGAGCAGGGAACAGGAGUACCGGAUAGUCAGGAACAGGAAGCCGAGCAGGGAUCAGGAACACAGGAAGGUCCGAAGCCAACAACGACGUUGCUCCCGCAACCUGGGGCCGGGCUGACUGGGCUUUUAUCCUCUUCUAAGGCCAGGGGCGGUCCCGGUCCCCAGGAGCCCCGCCUCCUCUGGCCUUAAGGCGAGCACUCCUCCUGGGGGCAACCAGUUCCCUUCGCCUCUCUGCCCUAAGCCUCUGCAGAUCAGGAGAGGCCGAAGGGUUACUGGGCCCUGGAGGAGGCUCACCUGUGGCCACUGAGUCAUCAAGCCCCUCUGGGGCCCGAAGGAGCUUCACCUGGGGCCAGCUCCUGAUGCACUGCCACAGGUGCAGGCUCUUCAGCAUCAAGGCCUUGCCCCAGUUCAGCCGGCCCUGGAGGCGGGGACUCCUGUGCAGGCCGGGAUUCCUCUGUUUCAUCCUCCGAAUCGGAAUCCCAGGCCAUCACACCAUCCCCCUCCCAGGCCCCCCCCUCAACCGAGGGUCCGGACCCGGCUUGCCGGGAUACGUCGCAUGGAACUCUCGGAGGCAGGCAGGUGCAUGGACAUUGGCCGCUGGUUCCCAGGAACGGUCCUCCGGUCCGUACCCCUUCCAGUCAAUGAGAUACUGCAGCUUUCCCCUGCGGUAUCGGGAGUCCAGGAUGCGUUCCACCUCGUACUCAGGCUCUCCCGAACCAACACUGGCUGCGGUCGGGGACGGUUCUGGUGGAACUCGUCGGGUGGGGCCACCGGACUCAAAAGGGACCUGUGGAAGACCGGGUGAACCUUCAGGGUUGCGGGUAACCGGAGACGGAAUGCCACAGGAGAGAUUUGGUCUACGAUAGGGAACGGGCCGGUGAGCGGGCGUCCAACUUCCGCGAAGGUCGAGAGGGGUGGAGGUGGCGAGUGGAGAGCCAAACCAGGUCACCGACGCGAGUUCCGGCCCCACCUGGCGGUGGCGGUCGGCCUGGGCUUUGUACGCUUCCUUGGCCUGGUGCAGUUGCUCCACCAAAAGCUGUUGCUGGGACUGGAGCUCUUGAAGCCACUCCGUCACCGCCGGGACCGCGGAUGCCGGCAGCACCUCUGGAAACAGCCGUGGAUGAUAACCAUAACUGGCCUGGAGCGGGGUCUGCUGGGUGGACGCAUUCACCGCGUUGUUAUAGGCGAACUCCGCCAAUGCCAGGUGGUCGACCCAGUCAUCCUGCUGGUAGCUGCAGUAACACCGGAGGUACUGCUCCAGCACCGCGUUCGCCCGUUCCGUCUGGCCAUCGGUCUGUGGGUGGUAGGCUGACGAGAGGCAGACCUCUGUCCCGAGGGUCUGGUGUAAUGCUCGCCAGAACCGGGAUGUGAACUGAACGCCCCGGUCGGACACCACGCGCUCAGGUAGACCAUGCAGGCGGAAGACAUGCUGAAGGUACAGCUGAGCAGUUUCCUUGGCUGUGGGUACAGAUGGACAGGGAGCGCAGUGCACCAUCUUGGUGAAAUGGUCGGAGAAAACCAGAAGGCAGGUACAGCCACGAGACGAGGGUAAGUCCACUACAAAGUCCAACGAAACUGUGUGCCAAGGGCGCGGUGGAACUGGCAAUGGCUGAAGUAGGCCGGGGGUCGCCCGGUAGGCCCCUUGGCGCGUCGGCAGACAUCACAACCAGCAACGUAGCGAGCCACGUCAGCCUUCAGGCGGGGCCACCAAAACUCACGACUGACCAGAUGGGUGGUCCGAUACCGUCCAAAGUGCCCCGCUGCCGGGGCAUCAUGGGCCAUCCGGAGAACCUCCAGCCGCAGUGGCCCUGGCGGGAUGUACAGACGACCGUGGUGCAGCAGGAGGCCCUGAUGCAGGACCAGCCCCGGAUACUGUGGGCUGGACCCUUCAGCCAGCUCCCGGAGUCGUUCCUGGGCCCAAGCGUCGACCCGCUGCUGUUCCCGCACCCGAACCUGCAGUGGCUGCGCCUCCUGGGUGGCCAGGAAUGCGGCCGGAGGUAGGAUCGUGGCGGGUUCUGCUUGCUGUACCGUGUCUGCGUUGUCUUCAGGUUUCCGGGACAGGGCAUCCGCCUUCAGAUUCUGAGAGCUAGGGAUGUAGCGGAUCCGAAACUGGAACCGGGAAAAGAACAACGCCCACCGGAUCUGUCUUUGGUUCAGCUUGCGGGUGGUCUGGAGGUACUCCAGGUUCCGGUGGUCGGUUCUUACCUCCACCGGAUGUCGUGCCCCCUCAAGAUGGUGGCGCCAGACCUCAAAGGCUACCUUGAUGGCCAGUAGUUCCCGCUCCCACACAGUAUAGUUACGCUCCGCUGGUAGGAGCUGGCGGGAAUAGAAGGCACAGGGUAAGAGUGGCGCUUCGGGCCCAAUCUGUUGAGACAAGACGGCACCGAGAGCCGUACUGGAGGCGUCGGUCUCCACCACAAAGGGUCGAGAGGGGUCAGGAUGUUGUAAGAUUGGUGCCCUCUGGAAACAGGCCUUCAACCCCUGAAACGCCUCCUCUGCCUCCUUGUCCCAGGAAAACGGCGUCUUUGGGCGCAGUAGCCGGGUCAACGGGGUGGUGCGAUGAGCAUAAUCAGCGAUGAAGGUCCGGUAGUAAUUGGCGAACCCCAGGAAACGUUGUAGGUCCUUGCGGUUCCGGGGUGCCGCCCAUUCUUGAACCGCUGUCACCUUCCCGGGUCCAUUUGCACCCCAUCCGGAGAGAGCCGGUGACCAAGGAAGUCCACAGUCCGCUGAUGGAACUCGCACUUGCUGAGCUUUGCGUACAAACGGUGCUCACGCAAGCGCUGCAGCACGGUCCGGACAUGUCCCUCAUGGCGAGCCGGGUCACGGGAGUAAAUCAGUAUGUCAUCCAAAUACACCACCACGUACUUGUCUAACAAGUCCUGAAACACGUGGUUGAUGUAGCGUUGGAACACAGCAGGCGCGUUGCACAACCCGAAAGGCAUAACCAAAUAUUCGAACUGCCCGUACCGGGUCCCAAACGCUGUCUUCCACUCAUCCCCGGCUCGGAUCCGAAUCAAGUUGUAGGCCCCCCGGAGGUCCAGCUUGGUGAACACCUGUGCCCCUUGCACCCGCUCCAGCAGCUCCGAGAUAAGGGGCAAGGGGUAUCGGUCUGGGACGGUAAUUUUGUUCAAGGCUCGGUAAUCAUGGCAAGGGCGGAGUUCCCACAUUUCUUCUUAACGAAAAGCACUGGUGCCGCGGUAGGCGAGGUGGACGGCCCUAAUGAACCCACGCUCCAGGUUCUUGCGCAAGAAGUCCUGCAAAGCCUCGCGCUCUGGCUCUGUUAGAGAAUAUAAGCGACUCACUGGUAGAGGCGCUCCGGGUUGGAGGUCUAUGCCGUAGUCAAAGGCCGAUGCGGCGGCAGCUGGUCUGCCCCCGUUCCUCGAACACGUCCUGGUAGUCCUGAUACACGGCUGGGAGCGUGGGUGCUGCCUCCUCUGAGGGCGCGGCCGCCAGCGUCCCGGAUUGAGCAUGGGAACAUGGGUCUGGGAAGUGCACGGUCCGUUUGACCCAGUGAAUCUGAACGUUGUGGGCUUCCAGCCAGUCCAUCCCGAGCACCAGGGGAAGCGGGGCAUAGAGGCAAUGUCCAAAGUUCGCAACUCCCGGUGCUGCUGGAAACACAGGACCAGGGGCUGGGUCUCCUGAGUAACGGCACCUGAACACAGAAGUCGUCCGUCAAUCGCUUCCACCUGGACCGGUACUGGCUUGUUCCAGUGGCACCUGAUGAUGGGCGGCAAAAGCAGCGUCCAUAUAAGAGCGGGUUGCCCCUGAAUCCACCAAAGCAUGGGUGGGGAUCCAGGGCCCACCUGGAGGGUAUAAACGUACCGGAACCAUAAGAUGUUGCGAGUCCAUUGAUGCAGGCCCAUUCUGCGCGGUUUGGGACCCCGGCAGCUAGGGCCAUCAGCUACUGGGGUUGGCGGUUUCCCUGCGGCUGGCGUUUCUCAGGGCAAGACCGAGCGAAGUGUCCACUUCCGCCACAGUAAAGACAGAGAUUUCCCUCCCGACGCCGCGCCUUCUCUGCGGGGAAAGGCGUGGCCGCACUGCCCCGAGCUGCAUAGGCUCCUCCGUUAAAUCAGUUGUGACCGUGGGGCUGCCGGAAAAAGCUGGUGCCGUGAACUGGAAGUGUCGGCGACCCGGGCCUGACGACGAUCCUCCAACCGGUCGUCUAUUUGUAGACUCCGUUGAAUGAGAGUGUCUAGCGUGGUGGGGCGUUCCAUUGUGGCCAACUGGUCCAGUACCUCGUCCGAAAGCCCUUCGAGAUACUGGUCCCGCAGUGCCGAAUCAUUCCAGGUCAAGUCCUGUGCCAACAGCCGAAACUCCGUGGUAUAUGCGGCCACCGUGGACUUGCCCUGUUUCAAACGCCGAAUCGCCCGGUUGGCUUGACUCCCUUUCUGGGGGUUGCCGACGCGGCCUCCAAACGAUUGCAAAACCCCGUAUAGUCUGCCAGCAAGGGGAGUCUUGCCUGAGUAGCGGCAACGCCCACUUGGCCGCCUGGUCCUUUAACAAACUAAUCAAAAAGUGCACCUUGGUGCGGUCGUCAGGAAAGUUCCGGGCUCGCCCCUGAAUAUACAGCUUGGCCUGGGCCAGGAACAUGGGAAAGCUGGCCGGGGCUCCAUCAAAUUUCUCAGGCAAAGCCACUGGGUACUUGCCAGGAGCCGAGGCGUCGGCCCCAGGAGCCGGUAGGGCUUCCAAGCGUUGUUGAAGUGCCACAACCGCGUCACUGAGCUGCUGCACGGUGUGAGUCAAGGCCUGGUUCUUCUGGGCCAAAGCCACCAGUGCAGCCGCCUGGUCAGCCAUGGCCUCUGGCUCUUCCCGAACGCACCCCUACGAAGGGGAGUGCGGGUUUGGCGGGAGCAAACUGUGCUGGUCCCGGGGUAAGGUACCUUGGGUGUAGCAGAGUCCACACGAAGAGGGGCAAGGUCCGAGGCAGAGAGCCGGGCGGGGAACAGGAAUGCUGGAACAGGAGGCUGUGCAGGGAACAGGAACACCGGAUGGUCGGGAACAGGAGGCCGAGCAGGGAACAGGAGUACCGGAUAGUCAGGAACAGGAAGCCGAGCAGGGAUCAGGAACACAGGAAGGUCCGAAGCCAACAACGACGUUGCUCCCGCAACCUGGGGCCGGGCUGACUGGGCUUUUAUCCUCUUCUAAGGCCAGGGCGGUCCCGGUCCCCAGGAGCCCCGCCUCCUCUGGCCUUAAGGCGAGCACUCCUCCUGGGGGCAACCAGUUCCCUUCGCCUCUCUGCCCUAAGCCUCUGCAGAUCAGGAGAGGCCGAAGGGUUACUGGGCCCUGGAGGAGGCUCACCUGUGGCCACUGAGUCAUCAAGCCCCUCUGGGGCCCGAAGGGCUUCACCUGGGGCCAGCUCCUGAUGCACUGCCACAGGUGCAGGCUCUUCAGCAUCAAGGCCUUGCCCCAGUUCAGCCGGCCCUGGAGGCGGGGACUCCUGUGCAGGCCGGGAUUCCUCUGUUUCAUCCUCCGAAUCGGAAUCCCAGGCCAUCACACUAAUGUUUAGGUGGAAUCUUCUUUCUUGUAGUUUGGAUCCAUUGCUCCGUGUCCGCUUCUCUGGAGCAGCAGAAAACAACCUUUCUCCCUCCUCUAUGUGACAUCCUUUUAUAUAUUUGAACAUGGCUAUCAUAUCACCCCUUAACCUCCUCUUCUCCAGGCUAACCUCAUAUCACCCCUUAACCUCCUCUUCUCCAGGCUGCUCUAGUAGACAGGAGUAGACCUAGGCUGUGUACACAUUUAAAGCACAUUCCUUCCCUGCAAUAAUGAUUGGUACUGUAAUUUAUGUCUCACAGAGUUACAAUUCCUAGCAACCCUUAACAAGCUACCAUGUCCAGAAUUCUUAGAGGGAGAGAAUGUGCUUAGAAUGCGCUUUAAAGGUAUAGUAGGACAUAGCCCUAAAGGGCUUACAUUACAGGAGGGUUGAUGUUGGUUGAACACUAGGAGCAACUUUUUGAUGGAAAGAGCAGUCCAACAUUGGAAGCAAUCACCUAGGGAGGUGGCAGGUGAGCUUCCUGCUACUGGAUGGCUUCAAGCAGGCUGAAUAGCCAUCUGUUGAGGAAGCUCUAGUUCUGGAUUUCCUGUCUCAAACAAGGGGUUGGACUAGAAUGGCUUACAAUUCUUCAAGGCAGGCAACCACAAAUCUGUUUUGUUCUAUGUCCCACCGCCACCGCCACCACUGUAAUAACAGCUUCAAGAAUCCUUUGCCUGAAAUACCCACCCACGGUGACAAAAGCAUGUGUCAGGCCCCUUGCCUCUGGAAUUAAUUUCCUCUCAAGAUGAGACACAGUUAGGGUGGGUAAGGCUGUAUGCCCUCUUUAGAAGCCCUUGUUCAUCAUUAAACCUUGUGGUACUUCAUGAGUGAGCUGAUCACAAGGAUGGCACAGAACAAGUUUUUCCCAUUUCCUAUUUGAACAGAGCUGUCUCUGUGCAACCAAGCUCCAUUUAUAUCCCAGCUUUUCUCCAGAGUGUGUAAGAUAGUAUAUACAGUCUACCUCCAUUUUGUCUUCCCAGGAACCAGGGCAGAAAAGCGGGUAUUGAGAACAGUGGUCAGAUUCUAGAAGGCCAGGGCUCAUUCUCUCAUGUGGAAACCCUUUACCCUUAUCCUAGGCAUGUAGGACCUCUGCAUAUUUACCCAAUGGUAAAGUAACUCAAUUGUUACUGUGGUUUUAUAAUUUAUUGGAAGCUGCCCAGAGUGAUGAUGAUGAUGAUUAUUAUUAUAUUACACCCCUCCCUAUAUUCUUACUUAAUAUGUUCCAGAUUUAACACCUUGCUUUGAAAAUUGAUAUUGAAGCUAACCCCAGAUGAGUCAUGUCACCAGUUAAGUCCUGGCAGGGGGCACAGUCCAAAUACAUUUAGCAAUUGUUCUCUACCUUAAGGAUGUUAUCAAAAUUAAGUGGUGGGGAGAAAUCUAUAAAGAUAACUUAGUCCAUUGCACUUUAAAUCAUGGGUAGGUUAUGGUUAUGAUUACAAUUACAAUUAGGUUGUGUUCUCCAAAUUAAGGUGGGCUAUGUUAGUAGCAGCAGCACUGUACUCAGCUUGUUCCUAUUUGUUUUUGGGAGGAGGAGAAAGCCAGAGAGAAAACAAGGGUGGGGGACGAGAGAGAGAGAGAGAGAGAGAGAGAGAGAGAGAGAGAGAAAUGACUCAUAUUGUUUGGGACUAAAGGUGGGUGGAAGUCUAUUGGCUUUAACCAGAGCACUUGCAAGAUUUUCUGCACUCAGCAAUCUUCACAGAUGACCUUAGGCUGUAUGAAUAGCUAAAGAUAAAGAUUCUAUUUUGCCAUUAAUCUGCAGGAAAAUGUCAUUGUUUCUUUGGUUCAUUCACACAGCUGCACCUUUGAGGUGUAGCAGUUUGAAAUGUAACUUCAGUUAUACACCCCUGGAUACUCUUGCCACUUCUCUUGCAAGGUUGCUGUCAACUCUUCUUAUCUCAGUGCAGAUCUGAGGUUUAGAUUCCAGUUCACACGUUUCUCCGUGCAGCAAGCACACACUCAGGUGGAGGUAGGGCUUCACCCAGAUGCCUGCCUUUGCCUGAAGCGAUAAUGUCAGGUUGUAACAGUAUUACUCAGAUGGAGGUUGCAACUUUAAUAAGCAGCCACUGUGGGAAAUCACCUUCCUAGAGUGGAACUGUGUACACACUGUGAUGUGCAUGUUUUAUAAAAUGGACAAACUUUUUAAUUCAGAUUUAUAAUAUUUUCAGUGAAUAAAAAUCUGUAUCACUCCUGGCAAGAACAUUUCCUGUUACCUUUCUUGUUGAUAAAGCAGGCAGUGUAUGCACCUGGCAGCAGUAGCAGUGGCCUGCGUUGUUUUAUUGCUUGUUGUGCUGGCCAAAAGCAGCUGAGAGCUAAGACUCGUGACCUCCCGGAUGUAAGAACCUGGUCACUUGUCUUCUGUGCCAUUGCCAGAACAACCUCAAAUUCACUUGCAGACGAGUCACUGAAGAGAUUUCUAAUAUAUUUGCAAAUACGUGUCCAAGUAAGUCCAUUGAUCUCAGUGGGACAUUCAUCUGUCUACGUUUGCACUGGAUUGCACCUUUACUAGCUCUAACCUACACAGGGUGCCAUGGCACUUCCUCUACAUCUGCCAAAAAGCACCAUGUGGCAGGCAGGCAGGCAGGCAGGCAGGCUUUCCCCAGCACUUGUGACACAGUCACAGGGACGUAGAGUGCUCCAAGAUGUCCACUCAGUACUGUAAAUGUUGAGACCUUGCAAAUGGGUCAGUUGCAAUAUUUUAAUUUUUCCUUAACUUUUCACAUUUCUUCAGGACAUGGACACAUAGCAACAUAGGAAGCUGUGUUAUUCCAAGUCAGUCUGUUGGUCCAUCUAGCUCUGUAUUAUCUGUGCCCAGGGCAGCUGUCUACCAGCUCCAUCUGGUAUGCAGGCUGAGACCCUACCUGCCCGUGGACUGUCUUGCCAGCGUGGUGCAUGCUCUAGUUAUCUCCCGCUUGGACUACUGCAAUGCGCUCUCCUUGGGGCUGCCUUUGAAGGUGACCCAGAAACUACAACUAAUCCAGAAUGCGACAGCUAGGCUGGUGACUGGGGGCGGCCGCCGAGACUACAUAACACCAGUCUUGAAAGAUCUACAUUGGUGCCCAGUAUGUUUCCGAGCACAAUUCAAAGUGUUGGUGUUGACCUUUAAAGCCCUAAAUGGCCUCUGCCCAGUAUACCUGAAGGAGUUUCUCCACCCCAUCGUUGUACCCGGACACUGAGGUCCAGCACCAAGGGCCUUCUGGCGGUUCUCUCACUGCAAGAAGCAAAGCUACAGGGAACCAGGCAGAGGGCCUUCUCGGUAGUGGAGCCCACCCUGUGGAACACCCUCCCACCAGAUGUCAAUGAGAUAAACAACUACCUGACAUUUAGAAGACAUCUGAAGGCAGCCCUGUUCAGGGAAGUUUUUAAUGUGUGACAUUUUAAUGUAUAUUUAAUCUUUGUUGGAAGAUGCCCAGAGUGGCUGGGGAAAGCCAGCCAGAUGGGUGGGGUACAAAUAAAUUAUUAUUAUUAUUAUUAUUAUUAUUAUUAUUAUUAUUACAGGGCUGGUGCUAUGAUUAGGCCAUUUAAGGCAGCCACUUGUGAUGCAGACCUCAGAGGAGUGCAGUACUGACCUUUGAGGAGCCCAUUUUAAUACAUAUUAGUUUUUUGUUAUAUCGUAAAGAUAAUAUUUUACUUUUAUUGUAUAUUUUGAAAAAGCGGUAUCAUUUUUUUGGGAAGUAAUUCAUACAUUAGAAUUUUUUGAGGUGUGUGUGUGUGUGUGUGUGUGUGUGUGUGUGUCUGCAAGUAGUUAGUCUUGCCCGGGGCACAGAAUAGUCUGACACCAGCAUUGACUGACUACAUUGAUUGGCAGUGGCUCCUACAUUGCAGGGGGUUGGACUACAUGAUCCUCAGGUUACCUUCCAACUCCUCGAUUCUAUGAUUCUUCAGGGUUUCAGGCAGGGAGUAUGUCCCAGACCUGCCCAGAGAAGGUGGAGAUUGAAUUAAAAAAUUCAGAUUAAAUAAGUGAAAAAUGCAGGCUGGUAUUCUGAUGUCAGUGGUGCUAUAUGGAUUUUCCAAAAACCUGUAUGCAUGAGGACUACUGAUCCCAUUUGGAAACAUAUGAACAUGCAGAUAAGCAUGCAUAAGAUUGGGAUGUUAGAAAAAAACAAACUUGUUUGGUUUUGGGGUGACAAUCACUUUCAAAGUUCCUCUCUUUCAUGGCUGAUUUUUCCAAAAUAGAAAAUGCUAUGUAGUUUUCUUCCACCCACCCCUGUAAUUCCAGUGUUUGAAACUAACGGUUGCAUAACAAGCACAAAGUAAGAGGUGAGGCUUACUGUAAUAACUGCAUUUGAGAGAAGCUUCACCUAUAAAAUUUUGACUCGUCAUGCAGCUGUUACAAGCAGAGGAGCCCAGCUAGAAAAAAGUUGCAACUCAAAUAGUGCACAAUUGUCCAAAGGCUUUUAAGAAAUAUUUUCAGUUGCACUGAAAGUCAGGCCCCUGCCUUUAUAAAAGAAUACGGUAUGUUCUCAUAUCCCCAGACAGAAACCAUCUUUGAAUUUUUUGAUGAAUAUAGAGUUUGGUUAUCUUGUCACAAACAUAAUGAAGCAGAAAUCUGCUCACAGCAAUUGAGAGGCAAAUACUUUUGUUUUUGAAUUCACCUUAGAAUGUCUUUAAAUAAUAGUUCGGUUGUUUAGGUAAAGUGCUUUCCUGACUAAAUUGUGAGUGCCCUCUAGACUUUAAAAAUAAGUACUGCAGUAUUGUUUUUACAUAUACAGUGGUACCUCUGGUUACGAACUUAAUUCGUUCCACAGGUCCGUUCUUAACCUGAAACUGUUCUUAACCUGAGGUACCAUUUUAGCUAAUGGGGCCUACCGCUGCUGCGCCACCAUGCAAUUUCUGUUCUCAUCCUGAGGUAAAGUUCUUAACCCGAGGUACUACUUCAGGGUUAGCGGAGUCUGUAACCCGAGGUGUCUGUAACCCGAGGAACCACUGUACAUUUCACUAAAGAAAACUUAGAGACUAAGAACAGCUUCACACACGUUCUGUUACUUGCCCAGAAAAUGUUUCUGCAUAGCUAACUGUAUAAAAUCCAUAUGCCUGGUAGUCAGCUGUGGCUAUCUAUAUGUAGGCUUCGUGUUGCUUCCUACAAGGAAGUACCUUCCCUGCAGAAAAAAGUGUUAUCUGAAUUGAUCUUAACUGGUUUACCGAAACAUGGAAUGGUGCAAGCAACUGUAGUUUUCUUAGAAAGCUUUUUUACAAAAGCUUUUUAGAUAACUUCCCCCCCUCAACUGACCUUCCAGGACUGAUAUUUCUUAGGAGGGUGAUGGUCAGAAUUAUGUUCUUUUGUAAUUUUUUUUUAAUGGGAGAAUUGCAGAGUACUAGUUAUAAGGUGUUUUUUUUUAAAUUGUAUUCUUCUUAUCUUUAUGAUUUAAGUUACUUUGGAUGGACAUUUGCCCAGAAAAGCAGCUUUAAAAUAUUGUAAAUUGUAAUUAAAAAUGUGUGGCAUGUCUAGGUCACUGGUUUUCUCUAUGUAAAAAAAGAGGUCUCUGGGAGAGCAGUACAUAGGCAGCAUAGGCAGUGGUGGUUCUAUUGGUCUGUCAGGCAUCUCUUUAGAUCACCCAUCACAAAUCUUUUACCCGCCAGAGGUUUGGACAACAGCUGCAGCCAGCAUAGUAGGAUUUUCUCCUAUUUUUGUCCCAUGUUAGAAAACUGUGUUCAAGCCAUUGUGCCCCACACAUUGUUUUGCUGCUGGUUCUGACACGAUUCAAAAAGUUCAGGACUGUCUGUUAAAGGAAAUGAUUUACAUGUAUAUUUGCUAAGGCAGAAGUCCUUAAAAUGUUACCUGGAGAAGGAAAGGAAUAUUUCCUGGUUGAGAAGGUGUUACGUAAUUCAAACGUUUACAAGGCAGAGUGGGAAUUUCCUGGAUUGCACCUGUUAAAUUAAGUAAUCAGGAAAGUAAAUGAAGUGUCACUCCUACUUGCAAACUGGACUCCAAUCUUCUUUAUCGAGCCUUUUUAAUCAUUCUUUCAGAUUGGUUGAAAAAGUUCUUAGCUGCACAUCCCCUCCCAAGGAGUGAAAUAACAUGGCCCUUUAAAAUGCUGGCCUUCCUCUAUGGCAUAUGCCCAGUCCUCUAGGCUUCAGCGUUAUGGCAAUCUCAUAACUUGUCCUUUCUUCAGUCUUUGUUGGUGCAAUUUAUGUGCCCUACCCCAAAUCUCUCCUCUUUGUUACUCAUUGUUUUUAUCGGGGAACGUCCACAUAUUCGUAGUGAAGUUGCUUGCUCCUGUUAAAAGAUAGGUGGGCAUGGAGUUUUGAGGCCCUGGCCUGUUGUUUAUUUUGCUUUGUUUUGCUAAAUUACAUGCAUUUUGUCUUAGGCUAGGCCUGUCCUUUUAAGGUAGGGUACUGAACCUAGAAAAAACUAGAAUAAACAAGUGGAGCCUGCAACAAAAUAUUGUUAUGUACAGUGGUACCUCGGGUUACAUACGCUUCAGGUUACAUACGCUUCAGGUUACAGACUCUGCUAACCCAGAAAUAGUACCUCAGGUUAAGAACUUUGCUUCAGGAUGAGAACAGAAAUCAGGCUCCGGUGGUGCGGCAGCAGCAGGAGACCCCAUUAGCUAAAGUGGUACCUCAGGUUAAGAACAGUUUCAGGUUAAGAAUGGACCUCUGGAAUGAAUUAAGUUCUUAACCCAAGGUACUACUGUAUACUCUUCCCUCCUAAGAAUAGUAGGUACUCCUGUUUAGGAUUCCAGUCAGGCAUUCCGCCCCACCCCAAACCGAGCACUUCAAACACAUACACAUGGCACAACACUCCACAAUGGUUGUUUCCCAAUUGAUACUCAAUGGCUCCUGAACAUUCUGUUUUCACUGGGCUAUCUCUGGGGGGUGGGGAUCCCCUUAAUGUUGUUAAAACUUCAGACUUCAAGGUUUCUCUGACCAUGCUCAUACCACCCUUGUUUUUAAAGAUAUUGACUCAAUGUCUUUUGGCAUGAACUAUUACAUCUAUUUCACCCUGUCUAUUCUAAAUGAAAUGAAAUGAAAUAGGACACACCAAACUGGGUGAAAAUAAUUUCACCUCAUUUAUAUUAUAUCAGAAAUAAUACAACACUCCUGUAAUAUAAAGGUAAAGGUACCCCUGACCAUUAGGUCCAGUUGUGACCGACUCUGGGGUUGCGGCGCUCAUCUUGCUUUAUUGGCCGAGGGAGCCGGCAUACAGCUUCCAGGUCAUGUGGCCAGCAUGACUAAGCCGCUUCUGGCGAACCAGAGCAGUGCACGGAAACGCUGUUUACCUUCCCGCUGGAGCAGUACCUAUUUAUCUACUUGCACUUUGAUGUGCUUUUGAACUGCUAGGUUGGCAGGAGCAGGGACCGAGCAACAGGAGCUCACCCUGUCGCGGGGAUUCGAACCACCGACCUUCUGAUCGGCAAGUCCUAGGCUCUGUGGUUUAACCCACAGCGCGUAGGUCAGUAUUAUUGUACCUGUUAAGUUGUGGACGAACAUAUCAGACGACACACCGAUUCUUCAAACAGCUCUUGUUUAUUCAAAGGCCAGAACAGAACUGAACUGAAGGGCUCAAUCAGCCUGCUUAUAUAGAGCUCUAGUACAACAGUUACUGUAGCAACUUUCUAAAACUAUCCAAUCACUGAACGUCACUUUCGAUCCUUCAUUUGCAUAAAAACUAUCCAAUCACUGAACGUCACUUUCGAUCCUUCAUUUGCAUAACUAUCUACAGUAUCUCCUUGCUGGCCCAGGGUGAAAACUUCAGUACAUAACAGUACCCACAUUGCAGAUCAGGAACUGAGGCUAGAAGCAGCUUGGCUAUGGCUACCAAAUUAUUUAUUUACUACAUUUACAUCCUGCCUUUCCUCGUUGGAGCUCAAGGCAGCAUGAUUCCUCACCCUCCAUUUUAUCCUCAAAACAACUACAUAAUGGAAGCUCAUCUGAGAGGCUCAAUUUCACCUCCCAAGCUUCAUGGCUGAGUGGGGAUUUGAGCCCGGUUUGGCCUGGCCGUGGCCCUAGUCCAACACCCUAACCACAACACCAGAAUUACUGAAGCAAGAUCUGAGGAAUCAGAAACUUCCCUGCCAGCAGCCCUAGCCACUUCAUUGCAUAAGCUCCUGUGUCCCCAUUCUACCUACAGAUUGGAAAUAAUCAGGGAUUGCUUAUUUUAAAAAAUCCAUAUAGGAUUAAGGUGCCAGUCUACAAAUUGUGCUCACUCAUUAUGUAAACAAUGUUCAGUUCAGUCCUGUCUCAGCUGAGUGACUGCUUUCAUAAUUUAACCUCUGACUGCUUCCAAAUGUCAUCAGGCCUACUUAAUGCAGCACAGUACACGAUACUGUGCAGGAGAAUUACAUUUUGUGCAUUAGGCAUGCUGACAAGCUGUGUGAAGUUGAACCACAUGCUCCUGAUGGACAUGGAUGAGAGAGUAGCGAUGAUGACUGUACUCCUGGCUCAUGUUGAGAGUCAUGUAAAAAUCCUAAUUAACGAAUAAAAAAGUGAGUCACAAAACAUAUAACCUCCAGGAUCUUAAAACACAUGUUUCUGAAGUUUAUCUUGCAAUUUAUUUUUGAAGUGUUCCCAGGCAUGCAAUUUUAUUAGUCAAGUCAAGUUAAGUUAAAACGGUAGAUGAGUGCCAUAUCUCUCUGUGUGUGACUGAGCUGUAACUUUCAUGACAGAGAGGUAUUCACAGUGCACUGCCAGUGAAUUGCAAUACAUUGCAGAGAGCGUUGGCUACAGAAACCCAGGUUAAAAUCUUUUUCUCUAAUCUGAAUUUUAUUUUGUCACCUUCCUCAACCUUUCAGGUAUGAAUCAGCCCCAGGUGAUGGAAAGGGAUUGGAUUGGUUUCCCCCCUUUUCCUCCUGUAGCUACAUUCUACAGAUUGCCUUGCUUUUCCUCUGUAGCCACAUUGAGCUUUUUAGACUCUGGUACUUGUUACAUGCCAGAAUGUAGUUUUACUGGUCAUACCACUGAAAUAAUUGUCAGUGGAGCACAAUCUAAUAUUUCACUUAAUAAUACAGGCUUAAAACACACUGCCCUCUUAAUAUUUACUCGUAUGAGCUGGGUAAAUUUGUACUCUGAACUAGUUUGAUAAAAAACUUCAGUGAUAUCCCCUGAAAAUAAUUAGCACAUUAAUUGUUUGGGGGAUAAUUUAGUAGCACUCAUUUAGAAGAAGCAACUUCACACCAACAGCCUCCACAAAUCUCCUCACUGUACUUCAGUUCUUCCUAGGGUUUCCAAUUAAGGUGGGGAAGAUUUUAAAUGCCUGGUUUCUUUUCUCUCAAACAUAGGUGAGCAGACAACUUUGGGGCUGGUUUCUGCCCCUAGACUUCCAUCUCAUAAAACUGAUUGAAACUUUGGUUUUACUCCUUGCUCCAUUGCUGGUCCUGUCAUGGAUUGUGUCCCAGGUUCCAGAUAUUUUGUUAAUAAUUUCAAGAGUCAGCAACACCAGCUGCUUCCAUAGCCAUCUCUUUCAAAACUAUUUUAUAGCAAAUCAGUCUGCGCUUACAGAAGCUGGAAAGCAGUUCUUAUCCAAGUGUGUUUAUAUAUACCUAUGUGUAUAUUUGCCAAAAUUUUAACAGAAAAAUGCACCCAAUCAGAAAACUUACAAUACUUAUAUAUGUUUAUUCCCUUUUAGUGAAUAUUUUAAUAAACAUUUUAACAUUUUAAUUCAGUUUACUAAUAGUUUAUAUGCAUUUUAAAAACAAAAGUAUUCAUGAUAUUGCAUAUCUUUGGCUAUGGCCUUAGUCAUAAGGGCAGGAAGGAGCUUUUAGUCUUUUCUUCCCCUUGUUCUCUUUUUAUACACCCUAAUUUACAUAUUUCUCCUAGAAAAGGUCAUCUUUUAAUUAACAGAUGAGCUUUUCAGAGUUGCUCUUCUUUUACCUAGCAGAUUAGCUUUUUGGAGCUUGAUGAAAAUCCAAAAAUAAGAUUUAGCAAAUAGCAUUGAUGAUUGAAAAUAUCGUGGAUUAUUAGUAAAGAGUAGCAUUUCUAUACCUGAUGCAUAUUUGUCAGUUUUAGAAGAUAAAGUGUUUUUUCCUCUUCCUUAACUAGAUGCGACAGCACAGAGCUUGAUGAUGAAAUAAGGAUUCUGAUAGGGAAGAGUGGUGCUUGGGAAUCCUGUAAGAAGCUGGAGAGCAGCUCACAUCCCCCGAACGUAAGCAACUUUCUUCCCACUUUGUCAUUCUUGACAAGCUGCUUUUAAUCAUCACGACUUGUACUGUGCCGUUGUAUACAACUUCCUUUAUUGCUUAUAUGAUGGGAACAAACACUUCAUUAUAUCUCCCCUCUGUAGUUGCUUCCUGAUUUUAGGGGAAACACUUGUAUGAAAUGUCAUUACUUUUCAGGACUUUAAACCAUCAUCACCACAUCAGUGCUUUCACAUGGGGCAGUGAUACACCAGUUUUAUGCUACUCAUUUGCCUAUGAUCAAAAGCCAGAGAUUCAAAAUUAACAAAGCAGUGUCACUGAUGGCAAGACUGUUAUCCCACUGGUAUUUCAUAUUUUUAGGAAUGGUGGCAACGCUGGGCCAUCUUGUUCUGUUCUCUGUUUCUGAGGUAUGCAACACCUGCCCAAUUUCUCUCCCUCCUGUGGCAGACAGGAAGGUAGGUCUCAGGUGUGACUUGGAGUUCUUCUUGGAAUAAAGGUUAUUCAUCUUGGCACUCUGGCUGAAUAGGUGAUGCAGUUUUUGGUCUCAUCACUGCAAAGGUAAAGGUAAAGGUACCCCUGACCGUUAGGUCCAGCCGUGACCGCCUCUGGGGUUGUGCGCUCAUCUCACUCUAUAGGCCGAGGGAGCCGGCGUUUGUCCGCAGACAGCUUCCGGGUCAUGUGGCCAGCAGGACUAAGCCACUUCUGGCGAAUCAGAGCAGCACACGGAAACACCGUUUACCUUCCCGCCGGAGAACUGCUAGGUGGGCAGUAGCUGGGACCGAGCAACGGGAGCUCACCCCGUCACGGGGAUUCGAACCAUCAACCUUCUGAUCGGCAAGUCCUAGGCAUUGCAUGAAUCAGGGGUGGGGAGAUUGUGGCCCUCCAGAUGUUGUACCCCGAUUUUCAUCAGCCCCAGCCAGCUUGGUCAAUGAUACAGGGUUAUGGGAGAUGUAAUCCAGCAACAUCUGAAGGUUCAUGGGUUCCCCAUCUCUGUCUUAGACACAUAAAUAACACCACAUGCUCAUGUAUUCCUAGCUCUCACCCAGAAGAAAAAGAGCCCAGUGGUUCCAGAAACUUGAAAAACCAAUACAUGGAGCAUGUAUGAUAUUUUGAAUAAGAAGCAACAUGUUGCUAGUACGUAGAAAGUAUUUUUUUAAAAAAACAUGGCACUUUCCACUAAAGAUCUUCAAUGCAACACAAUUACUAAAAUGCUGUUACAUACUUGACUUAGGUUAUUUGAACAUUUCACAAUGUUACAUUUCUCAUGUCUCUUCUCAGUGGUUCUCAGGUAACUCUUUUCAAAUGGAAUUGUAUAAGAGAAGGGAAACAGCAGCCAUUUUGCCCAGAGAGCAUUCAUUCGUAUUCCACUCAAACUUAGUGUAAGCAAAUCAGGAUGAAAGCUUAAUAAAGAGGUCAUUUGAGAGAGCCCUAGGAUCAGGGAGCCCUGGGUUCAAAUCUCCACUCAACCAUGAAGCUCGCUAAGUGAACAAACCUAAGCUGGACUUUAUCUCUCAGCUCAACCUUAUAGGGUUGUUGUGAAGGGCAAAGUGUCCUGAAGUUUGGGAUAAAAAUGGAUUAGAUAAAUGCUCAUCCCUUUUUGUACUGCCACAGCUUUGGUUUAGUUUAUUUCCUCACCCUCACCCCCAUUUCUUUGGCUUUAAUACAUGGCUUGGAGAGGAGAGAUUCAGCUCUUUUUGUUUGUUUGUUUGCUUCCUUGCUUCAUUUCUAUUAAUUGAUGUCAUGACCCACCUUGGGGGUUGAAGUGUGGGACAUAAAUAUUUAGAUAAAGAAAUGAAUAAUUGUUCCUUGAUUCCCUUCUGUGUCUAUUUACCCCUGACUGCUAUUGAUGCAGCUGGGUCGCUUCUCUGGUGGUACAAAGUGGUUGUUGUUACUAUCUUCUGUUUAUUUUAAGUGUUCUUUUUUAAUUAAAGGCAAAAUUUAAUGUACUUCACUCUAAAGAGAAACAAUGUUUAUAUUUAAGGCAAAAACAUAAAGUAAACAAGGAGGCAAGCUUUUACAUAAGAACAUAAGAAGACUUGCUGGAUCAGGCCAAUGGCCUAAUCCAAAAUGUUUUAACCUAAAAUACAUAUUUUAGCCUUUAUUAUGAAUUUUUGCAUCCAUCUAAACCUAAAAUAUGUAUUUUUUUUAAAUACAGUGCACAUGUUUAAAAAUGGUUUUUUUGUGACACAAUAUUCAGGAAGUAUGACAAAUGAAGGAUAGCUGUGAUCCAGAUUGCAUAUUAAUCUAGGAUAUAUAAAUUGGGCCAGUUAUAUGCUGAAUAUCUGCUUUAAACUCAGAAAUAACUGAAAAUUGUACAUUCAGUCCUCAGAUAUUAAAAAAGCAGGAGAGAUUAGAGUGAAGAAACAGGUGGGGAGGAGAGAAUAUAAUCCAGUAAAAAUAUAUAUGGGGGAAAGUGUUUAAUAGAUUGCAAAAGUUAUGUGCUAUGCCCUGUGUGCUUGAAGUUCACUUAGAUCAGAUUUCAUAUAGCAACACACUACCUAUCUACUUCAAAAGAAGUUAACAACAUGUUGUAUUUUUGGGGGGUGGGAGAACAAAACAAAACAAAACAAAAUCUGUACUGCCUUCUUCCUGAACAAAAAUACCUGGCUGCCUUCAAUUUCCCUCAGAAGGCAGGUGAAUCACACAAUUCGCUGCAUAUUUUUGAGGGUGGGAUCCUGGAGUGUUUAUCUGAGUCUUCUUGAUUUUCUUCUGAGGCCCUUUUUCGCAAACCCAUUUGGGAGCACAGUGGGUCUGCAUGCCUUUCUAUAAUGUUUACAAUUUCUGAAGCAGAGAAUUCAGAUGACAUCCCAUAAACUGACAUCUUGUAACCCAAAGGCUCUUUCCAAGCUGUUUUCAGGACUUAUGUGUAAACAAAUUCCCUCUGCUUCCUUCCCCCUUUUUUAUACAAACCAGGAGAUCUUCACAGGGAAAAUAAAACUAGGCUUAAAAGGUACCACAUGACUGUGAUCUGCUGUGAGAAGCUAAUGAGACUGUGAACAUCUGCUUCAUGCACCAGUAAUUGCAUCUGUAAUGGUUUUUCAUUACAGUGUGUUAGGAUAUCCUAGUCCUUUCUUGGGGCGCAGUGAUCUUAAUUAUCCUUAAGUUAAGCCCACUGUAUAACUUGAAGAGAAGAUUCAGCUAUCAAUCCUUAUGAGAACAAGAUAAAUGCUGUCAGCUUUGUUUCCCUCCAAGACAUACACAAGCAAACUCUAUUGGAAAGCUCCUCUAAUAGAAAAGAACAUUUGUUCUCAUAUGAUGUUUGAUUCCUGACAUAUGCUGUUAAGGCUUUUCAGGUAUCUUAUUUGUCUGUGUGCAUGGAACCUUAGAAACAUUAGAUGAUAAAUCUUGAAACUUUAGAAGAUAACAAUGUAGAAGAGUUUGGAUUUGAUAUCCCGCUUUAUCACUACCCCAAGGAGUCUCAAAGCGGCUAACAUUCUCCUUUCCCUUCUUCCCCCACAACAAACACUCUGUGAGGUGAGUGGGGCUGAGAGACUUCAGAGAAGUGUGACUAGCCCAAGGUCACCCAGCAGCUGCAUGUGAGGAGCGGGGACGCGAACCCGGUUCACCAGAUUACGAGUCCACUGCUCUUAACCACUACACCACACUGGCUGUACAGGCUGAUACACCUCCCCACAUCCAUAAGGAUAUGGUUGCAUCCAAAGCAGGCCAAAAACAUAAUUCCUUUUCCAAGAGUUUCUUGUAUCCUCUUAGUCCAGUAGAAGAUAUGGACAGACCAGCUUUCAAUGAGAAUAUUCUGGAAUCCUGGGGCUCCUCCAGAUGACCUUGAUUCAUCUUGAUUUGCUUGCACACAUCGUACAUGGGGAUUAUGCAAUGCCCACCCUUUACUGAACCUUCAUCCUGACUCAUUUGUGCAUAUGUUAUAUGUCUUCCCAUCAGUCACUCAUUUAUCCUACUCUUUUAAAUGCAUUUCCCCUCUCCCUAACUACAAAAAAAGGCAAUUUUUAAAACAGCAGAUACGUUGCACUGGUCAACCUUCAUCCACUUGAAUUGCACACACAUUUUUGGGUAGGCGAUUGCAUCCCUCCCACAAAAUACUGACAGUUGAGAGGCGACGCUGGCUAGGAUGAAUUACUGGUUUGAUUCUAAACAGUUCCACAAAUGCACCUUUUUGGCACCAUGCACCAGCAUCUUAAGAUGCCUAGAAAUAUGAUGGGUAAAGUUAACACCAACAUAACUGUUGAAACCAUGUUCAGAAAGAGCCUUAGAAGCUGGUCACUGAAUUUGAAGCUGAGCAGGUAACAGCGAUACAGGGGACAUGGUAGUGUGCUGUUUUAAGCUUGUUGGGUUUCCUUUGGGAAACUUAAAUGUCAUUUGUGAGCCACUAGAUGGCCAUCUAUCUUCCAAGCUUGGGGGGAGGGGAAUCACCCUCUCACUUUGCUUCAAAUGAUCAACAUGUUCAGUACUGCCUUAGAACAAAGGUAUGCAAAAGUCAGCUAUAAAAAUGCAGAUUCUUCAUCAGAAAGGAAUACAGCCCAAGGAAGAGAAAGACUUGAGAAAUCCUGGAAAUGGAAGGGAUGCAAUGCAAAAAUGAUAAUGAAAGGCAGAGCCCAGCUUGUAGAGAUGAAAGAAGACAGAGAAGAACUUGGGCGCCCAUAUGAAAAGUGUCUGACGAUCAUGGGUUUUGCUUGGAACAUAGUGUCUGUACUUUAGGAAGGAAUCUUAAAAGGGAACAUAAAAUGUAAAAUGAGUUCUCUGAAUACUUUGAUGUGGUUGGUUGUGUUUCAUAUGAAUUUGGUCAGAGAGGGUGGAAAUGUCCUCCUAGGUCAAUGAUAUGAAAACUGCCAGAAGAAAAUUUAUGAAGGUUUUCAACUAUAUUGAGCACUGCUUGAGUUGCCAUUCCACAUCCUUGUGUACUCAUAGAAAGAGCCAAAAAUAAAAUGUAAAAAGGUUAUUUGGAUGAUGUGCAGCAGUGGAUAUAGUUGUUACAUAUGUUUCUUAACAGAGUGGAAAAUAUUCUGGCUCAAAUAAAAAAAAAAAAUUCUUCAGAUUUUUUUUUUUUUUUAAAGGAAGGAUAUCGCUGCAACUAGGGAUGGGUGAAUCUGUAAAUUUUGUUUCUCUCUAUUUUUAAUUUUUCCAGUCUUAAGUUCAGUUUUCCACAUUUCCUGUUUGCAAAUUUCUUUCAGAACAAAUCUCAUGAAAAUUUCUCAGCAUUUUUGUGUGAAAUUUUUGCUUCACGUUGCCCAAUAUGCACAUUUUUUUGCAAGGCAGUUUCCCCUAAUAUAAUGCAUUUUUUAUUUUCUUCCUACCCCUGGUAUCACUGGAGGUUCAUCCAUUGUGCCCAGUGGCCUGGUGGUGUUGUUACUGAAUUCUAGGUUGGUACAUAAUAAGGGCAUGUUGCUCCAUGCAUGCUGGUCUGUAUAACUGAGACCUGGUUGGGGGAACUGGGUGGACCAGACCUGGAUGAAUUAGACCAUAGUUCUUCUGUACCUGGGUACUCUGUGCAACACCAGUCCAGUCCAGAGCUGAGCAGACCAGAGGGGCACCUUUCUCAUAUCUUUUAUUUUCUGUGCAACUUUCUACAAAAUGCUAGGGUAGGUUAAAUAAUACAUUUUUAGUCACUCCAAUACUGUAAAUGCUGCUGCUGCAGGAAAACAGUGGCAAAUAUUCUGAGAUAUCCUGCGUCUGCAAAUUAAGAUGAAGGAAAUAAUGUUAGACCUACAUUAUAGGGUCAUGGUAAACAUUAAAGAGAUAAUAGAUGUGGAAAUACUUUGAAAAUUCAGGAAAAAGUAGUAAAUAAAUACUAAGAUAAAAGAUAAAGGUAAAUGACCCCUGGAUGGUUAAGUCCAGUCAAAGGCAACUAUGGGGUAUGGUGCUCAUCUCGCUUCAGGCCGAGUGAGCCGGCGCUUGUCCACAGACAGCUUUCUGGGUCAUGUGGUCAGCAUGACGAAACCACUUCUGACAGUUUAUGCAAAUACUGUAAAGUUGAAGAAGCACUUUGAGCAUUAGUUUGCAUUUUAAUUUGAUAUGCUUUUGCUGUUCCAGUGCAUUCCAUGCCACUCCUCCUUUCUGAGUAAAGAGCGUCACUGCACUUCAUUGCAAACGUUUACAUAUUUUUACCUUAUAUGUCCAGUCUUCCUGCUCUCUUUCCUAAGGUGGACUUUCCUGUCAUGCAUUGUCUGGAUAGCAUGAACAUGUUUUUUCCUUUCUUUCAUCUACCUCUCAUUCUUGACAUACUUUGCAAUCUUACAUUGCACAUACUGACUAAAUCACAUCUGUUUUGUAAUUCUUUUAGUUAUGCUAACUAACAUGGAAGGCAAUGGUGAAUGGGCCAUGUUUCACUGCUUUGUUUCAUUAUUUUGGCUUAGAGGGAGAUAAAUGUAGAUUUGAUGGGGAUUCCUCAGAUACUUACUUAUGCAGAGAUGAUAAGAAAGGACCUAAAAUCCAGCACAUACUUUUCCUGGGCAAACUUUGUGUUGAAGCGUUGGGUAUAAAAGUUUUGAAUGGAUGAAUGAAUUCAUGUACAGUCCACAAUGCUUGUUACUCAAUUCACACUUUUGACAACCCACCCACCUUCAGCAAUGUGCAAUUUUAAAUGUGUGAAGAACUAUAUAUACUUCGCAAUAUAACACGCCCACGAAGGAGGUUUCUGUUCAUGUUAUACCAUAGAAGUAAAAGUAUUACCACAGCUUUCUUUAUCUGUAUUCUACCUUUCCAGUUUCCUGUCUGUUAAACCUACCUAGGUAACAGCAGGGAGAAACUAAAACUGACUUUCAAUUCAAAAUCUAUAUCAGGGCAACACUUUAUUAGGCGAACCAAAAUGUCACAAAACAAUGUGUAAACUUUCAAAUUCUCCAGAGCCCUUUAUCAAACUAUAUGGUAAAAAGGAGGAAGGAUGGCAGCUGGGAGAGGAAGAGGAGGAAAUAUGUUGGUGGGUGGUGAAGACAUGGAGUCUGCAUUUAAACAUAGUCUAAAGGGAUGUGGGUGGCGCUGUGGGUUAAACCACUGAGCCUAGGACUUGCCGAUCAGAAGGUCAGCGGUUCGAAUCCCCAUGAUGGGGUGAGCUCCCGUUGCUCAGUCCCUGCUCCUGCCAACCUAGCAGUUCGAAAGCACGUCAAAGUGCAAGUAGAUAAAUAGGUACCACUCUGGCAGGAAGGUAAACGGCGUUUCCGUGCACUUCUCUGGUUCGCCAGAAGCAGCUUAGUCAUGCUGGCCACAUGACCCGGAAGCUGUAUGCCGGCUCCCUUGGCCAAUAAAGUGAGAUGAGUGCCGCAACCCCAGAGUCAGUCACGACUGGACCUCAUGGUCAGGGGUCCCUUUACCUUUACCUUAAGGAUGGAGUGUGUGAGGACAUAGCAGACACACUGGUGAGGGUUAGGUUGUGCAUACACUGUACCUUUAAUGUGCACAUUCUUUCACCCCAAAAAUACCGGGCACUGUUGUUUACCCCCCACAGAGUUAUAAUUCACAGUAACCCUUUAUAAACUACAGUACCCAGAAUUCUGUGAGGGAAAGAAAGUGAUUCAAAUGUGCUUUAAAGGUAUAGUGUGUAAACAGCCUGAGUUAGGUGCCAUGUAGGUUUUAGGUCGUAUCCAAGGCUGCCAUGAAGAAGGAACAUACAAUGAUUUGAAAAUGUAGAAUUUAACUGUGAUGUAACUGAGGUAAACUGAGCCAGACAAGGAUACUAAAAGUGAUGGGUGUAUGUACUGAGUAAUAGCCCAAAUGUAUAGGACUGAAUGUGGGCCAACCAAAACAGGGGGAAAAUCGUUCUUGAAUAUUUAAAAGUUUAAUGUUGCUCUGAUUUGAACUGCACUUACUUGUUUAUAGGAAGUUUUGACUUAAACAUUAGUUUCUAAAGUAAAAUCACUGUUUAAUCAUUAAGUUGUCACGCAGAUGUGUGGGAUUCAGCUGCAGAAAAGUUUAUUAUUUCAUCAAUACAGUAACCAAAUGAGUGGCCAGGUUGCCCAUAAAGGUGUGGUAUUUCUCAAAGCAUGGUUUAAAUUUUAAUAUAUUAUAUGUUGGUGCUUAAAAAUAAUGCAUGAUAAUAAGUGAAAUGAAUUGAGAACAUCGGACCUUUAAAAAAAUUAUCAAUAUUCAAUACCAAACUCAUAUAUUUUCAAGCUCCAUUCAUUUUUGAUACAUCAUUUUUGCCCUCCAUUCAUAAUUUAUUUAUGAAUGACCUUUUACCUGUGUCCCAGGUGAUUUACAGAUAUACCAUAAAAACAGCUAUAUUGAAAGUAUAUAAAUAGAAAGAAAACUAAAGGCAGUUUAAAAAAAGAAAAAGAAAAUGAACACCUAGGACAAAGACCUUUUCACCCUGGUGGAAAAACUUGUUGAAAAUACCUUCAGUUGUUUGUGUCUGGUAGGAAACAAUUUUGGCCAGUGGGCCUGAUCCUUAUCUCUUUUCCCUGCCAUGGGCCAACUCUGACAUCACACCUUGAACCUACCAAUCACGAUUUCCCUACCUCACCCCUGUAGAUUUAAGGCUUUAUACUUCAUUUGAAUCCUCUGAUUCCCACCCUCUACGCCUGCAAAAACAACAACAGCAGGAAUGUAAAAGGCCAACUUUACUAAAACCCAGAACUUUCUAAUUACUUUAACAAUUAUAUGUGACUUGAAAUUAUUGCCAACCACUUGCUACUAGUGUAAUUAGAAAAUCACAGUUCUGUGAUAUUCAGUCUUAAUAGGAACACACACCUUGAUUUAUUUCCUUGUGAACUCACUACUUUAUUACUUUGUUACUAGCCAGCAAAUAUUUGAAGAGGCAGAAUAUGUUUAUGUGUGCUUAACUGGGGUGGGUGGGAAUUGCACACCCAGUUUGUAUAGGUUUUCUGCUACAUGGUACAUAUUGUUCGUUAUGUUGGACAUUUCCUUCCCAAUUGUUUUCGGAAGCAUUGCUCAUAUUUUACAUAAACCAUGACUCACUUAUUUCACUGUCAUGGGCAAAUAUACAGUAUGUCUUAACAUCCAAUCUGAAAAGUUCUCUGAAUGUGCAAGGACAUUUGGGGGGGGGGGGGAGAUCCAAGAGGAAAUGCUUAUCAGUGGCAGGAGGGAGGGGUGUGUGACCUAGUCAGUUUACUCCCCUUUUCUUGUCUGUACAGCUUCCCCUCCCAGAGAACAGCUGGGUGACAACAAGGAAGCUGCAGUUUACAUACCACAAGAAACAGCCAGCUAUCUUUUCACCUGAAUCAUAGGCUACAUAACUUGAGACAUUUUGGGAAGCCCCCUAGUCUGUGAAGGAUUCAAAUACAAGUUCCAUCACUUGCUGUAUUCCACACACAGAGAGAAAGACAUGGAUGCGUUUUCUGUGAUGCUUUUGUGAAGUCUUAGUGGCCUUCUUCUUGUCUUGAAUGAAUUCUCCCACACAACGUAUGUGACUUGUUUUCCUUCAUCUGUUUUAAAGGCCUUUAGUGAACACAACACCCGACAGAGGCAGGUGGGCAUGGAGGAUGAGAAGAGAACUUCAAGCAGCCUGUCAGAGGUAAAGGAGUGCACCGGCUGGACAUAUGUGUCUGUGGCAAUUGGACUUUUCAUUUUGUGCUAGGACCAGUAACACUGUAUCUUGUAUCGGGCUGUAAUUGUUGCAGUACUCGAAGCUAGAGGUUACCUAGGGUACUGUCUUAAAGGCACCCCAAUUUCUCUGCUUCUUUGUCAUGUAUGUAGAACUUUUUCAUCUUCCUGCUAUGAAAAGAUGCACAAGCUCCUGCUGCAAUAAGUUUAAAAAUAAUAACUAACUAUUUACAAUGAAAUCAAAAAGUCUUUUUUCUUUCUUUUUUUAAAGGUUGUUCUUUGUUAAUGUAAGAUAUAAAAAGUAUCUAAUAUUAUAUAUCUAUUAUUGCUGUGCACUCUGGAAACUUACAUAGUUUGCUUAAGUCACAUUUUUCAGGGGCUCCUAAUAUACACUGAAACAGUACCUAAUAUACAUAUGCUUUCUUUUCUUUUCAUAGGAUAUAUUGACAAAGAAGAUGCCAGUACGUGUACUGGAACAACAGAUUAUAUCAUUGGAAAAACAGAGGCAAGAGGUAAAUUUUAAGCAUUUUUUUGGACAAGCUGAUGCACUGCAAUGGGUUGUUCACUUGGAGUUUUGGGUUGUAAAUUCAUUGUUGUAAAUGCACAUUAAUCUUUCUGGAGGAAGCAGUGGCUAAUCUUGGUUCUCCUAUGCAUGAAUUGCAUCAUGCAUGUGGUUGAAAAUUGUGUGCAUAAUUAUGGUUCAUGUUUAUAUGUACAUGUAAAAUGUAUCAUCUAGACUUUCCUUAAGGGACGCGGGUGGCACUGUGGGUUAAACCACAGAGCCUAGGACUUGCCGAUCAGAAGGUCAGCGGUUUGAAUCCCUGUGACGGGGUGAGCUCCCAUUGCUCGGUCCCACUCCUGCCAACCUAGCAGUUUGAAAGCACGUCAAAGUGCAAGUAGAUAAAUAGGUACUGCUCCAGCGGGAAGGUAAACGGCGUUUCCGUGUGCUGCUCUGGUUCGCCAGAAGCGGCUUAUUCAUGCUGGCCACAUGACACGAAAGCUGGACGCCGGCUUCCUUGGCCAAUAAAGCGAGAUGAGCGCCACAACCCUAAAGUCGGUCACGACUGGACCUAAUGGUCAGGGGUCCCUUUAUCUUUACUAGACUUUCCUUACCCAUUAUGACCAAUAGGUUUGGCCUCAAACUAGACUUUCCUUACCUAUUAGGACCAAUAGGUUUGGCCUCAAAUGUUGACAAAAAAGAUUUUGGAAUCAAGGUGGCAUAUAUCCACCUGUACAGUUGUCUGUUUGAAGUAGCCAUCUAUUUGAAGUAUUGUGUGGUCCAAGUCUGGUUUAAACUUAAGAAGGAAAUUGUGCCUUGAAGUUGCCUCUUGACAUCACCUAAAAGGCAGACUGAGCAGGCACACAGUUCACUAGGUUACAGUCUCCCCACUAUGAUGUAUUGUAAUGUAUUUCUAUUGAUAUCUUCCCUCUAAAUUUUCAUGUAUACAUAUAAAUUAGUAUAUGCAAAUGUUAUGCAAAUCUGUGACCUCUUUUGCCCUUUUUCUUGGUAGUGUGUUGUAAGGGGCUAUCCUGUCUGGAAUGCUUACAUGAUGGUAUAUAUAAUAGAUGGGAAAGAAGCACAUUUCAUGCUGCUAUGAACUAUGUGAACUUUCAGAGCUGUGAGGGAAGUCUGCUCAUCUUAGAAAUCCCUGCAGGAAGUCUUGUGUUUAACAUUUGCAUUUCCACAGCAUUAAGCCUGACUCAGCUGCCACUCCCUAUUCGUCUUGCCCUAACAUUCAUUCCUAUGCUUUAUAUAUCAUACAAGGCAAACGGAAUAUAAUCUUAUUGUAAGUGUUUUGAUAGUAAUACAAAACAGCUGUAAGUAGUGUAGUUAAGAGGUUGGAAGCAGAUAUAAUCAAUAAAACCUUAAAUGACCUGAGGCUUCCAUGCUUUAGGAGCCACAUUCUUCCAAUGACUCUUGCAUAUCUCAGGAAAUACCAGUGUUGGGGAAGGCCCUGUAGGUCACAGCUCACAGCAGCUUUGAAACUUCCCAAAGUCCUGUCCUCUGUUUCUCCUGAAAUGUUUUUCCUCGGGCAAGAAUUUGAUGGCUGAUUGAGCAUUCAUUUACUUGGUUAAAUUAAAAUUUAAAAUAUUUAUGUUUUAUCACUAUUCCUGUUCUGAGAAUCAGGAAAUAAGACAAAUGAAAUCUCUAAAAUAAUAUGCCAGUUCCAAGGUUAAAAUAUAAGACCACUUCAGGUUUCACACUUGUAAUGUGAGAAUAAAUAAUGUACCUAACACAAUUAGUUAAUAAUUUCAGCUGCUGGCAGUGAACAAUCAAUGGGAUCAGCAGUUCAGGCGAAUGAAACAGCAGUAUGGAAAAAAGGUAAAUUUCUAUUUAAGUGUGACAGAAGUGGAGGCUACCUUUCUAUACUUUUAAUUUUAAUUUGUUUUGUUUUGUCUUGUCUAAUUUUUAAGAAGGGGAAGGUAGAGUAGCAGAAAGGGUGGGCAAGGAACAAAAGCAUAUACUGCUUUUGAAAACCUAGCAAGUGCAUCUGAUGUAGGUUUGAGGUGAUGAUUGCUGCAGUCUUUUGGAGAGGAUACUGAAUUCUGAUGACUAAAGAAGAAGAGUUUGGAUUUGAUAUCCCGCUUUAUCACUACCCUAAGGAGUCUCUAAGCAGCUAACAUUCUCCUUUCCCUUCCUCCCCCACAACAAACACACUGUGAGGUGAGUGAGGCUGAGAGACUUCAGAGAAGUGUGACUAGCCCAAGGUCACCCAGCAGCUGCAUGUGGAGGAGCGGAGACACGAACCCGGUUUACCAGAUUACGAGUCUACCCUCUUAACCACUAUACCACAGGUUAGGGCAGGCAUAGGCAAACUCCGGCCCUCCAGAUAUUUGGGACUACAAUUCUCAUCAUCCCUGACCACUGGUCCUGUUAGCUAGGGAUGAUGGGAAUUGUAGUCCCUAACAUCUGGAGGGCCGGAGUUUGCCUAUGCCUGGGUUAGGGAGUGAAAUUCAGAGAUGGCACUGUUUACCAUUAAUUGUGGUGGCCUUCUUCCCCCACUCCCUUUGCUACCACAUGUGCACCUUCAGCAUAUAAUGAAAACUGUAUGGUGAAGAUGUCGGAUGCAUUUUUGGUGAGGUGUGAGUUUUACAAUUUAGGGACUGCUGCAGAGCCUCCACCACCCUGAGCCUCUGCUGAUCUUAACACCCAAGAGGGUCUGCAGAUGGAUUUGGCGUUGCCCUGGAGCGCUGUGGGGUAAAAGAUGGUGGCUACUACAGUAAAAUGGCCACUCCAAAUGAUGCUAGGUUCAGGUAGUUUGGAGAAAAGAAAAUGGCAAUGGGACCUGUGGAAGAAGUGUCCCAUUUUAAUUUGUUUUGUUAGUCUUGCCGCUGUUGCCAAAGGUAAUGAAAAAGAGAAGACCACGAUACUGCUGUUAAUGCUGAGCUGUCCCAUCCACCCAAAUUUCCGUCCCCAAAAUGUUUGCUGCUUAUGAAUGGGGUUGUGAGCUCAGGAGGUUAUCUGGUCUUUGCUCUAGUCCUUUGUUUAAGUUGAGUGAAGCUGAGUUCUGGGUCUGAAAAGGUUAGUAUUUUAGAACAUAAAAAUAAUACUAGUAAGCUGUGAUCUAGCAAGUUUUAAAAGUACUUUGCACACAGCAUUUCAAUCUCUACAACAGUCCUGUAAGGUGGGCUAAUAUUAACUUUAUAUAACCAAUAGGAAUGUGGGCCAGACACUGAAGAUUAGAAUCAGUGACUUGUCUUUUUCUUUUUUUAGUUACCUGAAGUAAGAUUUAGAUCAGGGAUUUCCCCUCAUGCAGCAGAGCUAACUUCCCCCCCUUUUCUAUAUAGGUUUAUCAUUCCCCAUGGGACAGCUCAUCACAAGCUUCAGAGACUCAGCAGCUUUUGACUUCUAAAUCUCAUAAGCUUAGUCAUACAGAUUUGUCCUGAAAUGUAUUUUACAGCAUGUGGUGGUCCCUGCAUUCCCACGUUGAUCGUUGUGUUGCCCAGCCACUGCAUCCUGGUGAAAGAAAGGGAUCUAUCUUACCUCAGUUUUCCUUGUGUCACAUUGCAGGUCACAGACGUGAAAGCACAACUGGAAACAAUGCAGAAGAGAGUCAAGGAACUGGAAAAAGAAAGGCACCAAAUGCAGCAGGAGUGUAGAAGGCUGGAAGCCCUGACUACAAACAGCCUCCUACAGGAAAUGGUAGGAAAUUGUUGUUUUACUCUCACCAGGGUCGGAGUGGGGAUUUUAGUAUUCAUUGGUCUUGUUAAAGUUAUGUUUGCAGUUCAAAAAUGACUUUUCUAUAGUAGUAGAAAAGUUAUCUAGCUGACAGUUUGUGUUACUCUUAGACAAAGAAAAAGAGAACAAAUGCUUCUAUAGAUGCUAUAUGUACAUUUAUAUAUAUAUGCAUCUAUACUCAUUAAUGAGAAAGGUUUUCGGGGGUAAACUCUGAGGAAAAAUCAAUACCCACUGCCUUUCUUCGGAAGAAGAAAAUGCUAAAGAGUAAACCCUACACAAGUCUGGAGUGGAGUCCCUAAGGCAGUUGGAUGGUGUUUUGUAUGCCUUCUUUUGGCAAUUCCUGCAGCCAAGCUGGUGACAAAUGUAAUGCCCUGUUUUCCUUUGGACCUCAUCAGCGAGGCCGAGAAGCAGACCUCCAUAUGCACUGCCCAGGCUUGCGCCCCAGAGAGGUCACUUUGGUGCUGCCAAUGCAGCAAAAACAAUUCAGGAGAAAGCAGUUACAAGUGUCUGCAGCCACAGCAGGUGCUGUGAUUCUCCAGACUUCAUCCCUGGAGAAGCACUCCAUUGUCUCUCAAGACAGAAAAAUGCCAAUAGCAAUGCAUUUAUAUACGUUGAGCUAUCACUUGGGUACAGUUUCAACCAACUGAAACUGUUAUUAAACAGGAGCUUUGCAAUCUCACUGAAGAAGAAGAAGAAGAAGAAGAAGAAGAAGAAGAAGAAGCAGCAACAACAGCGGUUAGAAAUUAAACAGAUAAUUGUAAGAGCAAAUAAGGACAAAGAAACAAGCAUAGGAUAAAACAUGUGAAUAAAAUGCGAGAUUGAACACUGAUAAUGGAUGAAUAAAAACUGAUAAUUAAAACAGAUAAGAGCUAAGAAAAAUAAAAAACACGCAGUUAAAACAACUGUAAGAGCAUAAGGACUAGUUAAAGGACUAUCGUUAAAACAACUACAGUAUAAGAAAUAAAACUUAAGGGGGUACAGGUCCUGCAAUAUGGACCUUCAGUUUAGGUCUGGUUUGUGACACAAACCAUCCUUCGGUGAAUAUCCAUCAUGGCAGCGCAAAAUCUAGCAACUGCGUAUGUGACAUCUGGGUUUUCAUCCUGGAGCAGUAGGGAGAUGUUAAGUUGUUCUGUAUGUCCUGGGAAUUUUUGCAAUCUCACUGAUCCCCCCCUCCCCAAUGUUCUCUAAGUAGCAUAGAACCAAACAGAUGGAGGCUUUUGUAGGUCAAUAUCAGAGAGCUAUUGUGCUCAUGUUCUGCUUAUGCGCUUCCCAUAAGCAUGUGCAAACAGAAUGCUGCACUAGAUGGACCUUUGAUCUGAUCCAACAGGGUUCUCCAUAACUCCCCAAGGGCCAUAAAUUCAGAAAUAUGUGAAAUUAAAAUAUUAGAAUAUAAGAAAAUCUAAUCUGCAUGCUAAAAUUUUGACUAAGUAGAGGUAGAAAAAGCAUUUGCAGUGGAGAAGCCCUGUAUAUCAGUGGCCUUAGGAGGGACCAUGGUCCAUUGAUGGAGUACAUACUAUGUAUAUGGGAGGUUCCAGAUUUAGUCUCUGUUAUUUCAAGUGUGGUCUGAAGGCACAUGAAACCAUCUUCUUGCUGAAGCUAAGCAGAUCUGGGUCUAGUCAGUGUCUUGGACAGGUGACAUGGGAAUCACAUGUAUGUUAGCUUGGGUUGCAUGAUGAAAGAAAAACAGAAAAUAAAUGUAAGAAAAUAAAUCAAGUUGCACAUGAUGGGAAAGGACCCUUGCCUGAGACCCCGAAAAGCCACUGUCGGCCAGAGUUGGCAAUACUGGACUAUAUGGACAAAUGAUCUAACUUCAUCUAAAUGUAUCUUCCUCUUUUCUGGUUUUCAAAAACAAAUUAUUAAUCUAUUUUCUAGCAGAUGAUUGGUCUUUCAGACAGAGUGAAACUACCCUUUUUCUUACAGAAUGUGGCACAUUUGAUGUUAGGCAGGUAUCACUGGAGUGACUAAGACUGUUAGUUUCAUUUAUUUAUAGCUCUUGACCUCGGAAGUCAGUUGACUUUUGAGACAACUGAAGUAUUCUGUUUACAUUUCAAGUUGGAUAAAGUCUUAGGCUAAGCUGUCGUUGAAGCACAGCCAGUUUUACCAUUAGGCAAAAUGAGGGGUUCAUCUCAAGCAACGGAUUUUUGGUGUCAUGAAAGGGCAGACAAUUGGGGAAGAGCCACUUGUGAGAUUCACCCAUAACUUUUCAUGCUGUGUUUUUACUUCCUCUUAACUGUCUGGACUUUGUGUCUGGAAUUGUUCUUGUUUUAAUUAUGUUGUAACCUACCCUGGAAUCAUAUGAAGAAGGGUGGCCAGAAAUAUUUCAAAUAAAUCUGGGGGAGGGGAUCUCCUCCUGCUUUGCCCACCCCCAGUAAGUGCUGUCUGCUUUGAAACUGUAGGGUGGAAAAAAUUCAAGAUAAAAUACAAUUAAAUCCCCCCCCCAAGAUGUCAUUCCUUUGGCUGGGGAUUGUGGGGCUACUCUAGUGCUCCAACCAUGACCUCUGCUGCCUCCUUGACAGACACAUCGUCCAACAACAAGGCCUUCAGGGUGGUAUUUAUAGAUGUGAAGGGGUAAGCUCUAUAUUUCUUCAGCUACCUCAUGCAGUUUUAUGACCUAUAUGUGCCACAGGAGAGCCCAAAAGGUAGUCAAUAGAAUUUCAUCAGACUUUAGUGUAUCUGGGAUGAGCUAUCCAUCAAUUUUGCUGCUGUUUUCUUUCCGAGAAGUUUGGCACGCUUCCUUGGAAUAAUAAUAAAAAAUACAGCACAUCUGUCAGACCAAGAAAAAAUGCAACCAUCUGCACUUUAUCAACAAUCUAUGUGUUUUUACAUUCCAGAGAGACACAAAAAUCCUAAAGGAAGAGAAUAGACUUCUGAAAGAAGAAGCCUCCUUAGCAAAUACAAAAAAGAUUCAUUAUGAACGUGAAAUAAGUCGGCUUAACAAGGUAAGGAUAUUCUUGUUUCAGAAUAUUUAUCUCUUUGCUUUGAAAUCUUUACCUGCUCAGGUAAAGAAGUUUAUCCAUUUGGCAGCUACUGAUUGUAAAGUUGGUGAGCAUUCUUUUUGUCACCUGCUGCACUAAUAGCUUCUGAGAACACAAGUUAAUAAAAUUACACGAAAACAUUAUUUUCAAAGAGCAUGCUUAAGGUGGCUGUCUUUAUUUUAAAAGAAACACAGCCAUGCAGGGCCCCGAUCCUUAUUAUGCUGCUGGUCCAGAUUGGGGGCUAGACCAGUACCCCACUGAAAUUGAUCCCUAAUGCUAUUUGCUCCCCCAGCUGCUGUUUGUAGGAAGUAGCACCUCCAGUGGCAAAUAGCAGCUGUGCAUUUGUGUAUGAGAUUUUUAAGGAGAAACCAGGUCAGGAAGAGGGAGUUUUUUUUGGUAGGGGAAAACAUGUUUGAACCGAGCUUGUAGUUUGUCCCCCCUUCACUCUAGGUGAUGUGAAGACUAUUAUAACAACAACCUACAUUAUUGCAUGUUUACUCUGAGGAAACACCAUUUGCAUUGCCCUUCCCUGCUUCACACUUGAUGUGAAUGCUGGGGAACACAAACAGGAGAGAGCUGUUGUGUUAAUGCAUUUGCUUGUGGGUUCCCAUGGACAUCUGGUUGGCUUCUGUGAGACAGAAUGCUGGACUUAAGUUUGGAGGAGAUGGGGAACCUCCAAAAUGCAACUCCCCAGCCCUCUAGAUCUGGCUCUUGGGACACUGUCCAGAUCAUGUCUCCUCUCUCCAAGCCACACUUCUCUCUGGCUAUGCUCCACACUCUCCUCGUGUCCUUGUGCCUGGCUGGAUUGUUUCCUUGAAUUGUACUCACCUUGAUGGGGGAUGGAGAGAUGUCAGGUGUGUUUGUGUGUGUAGAAACCUGUGGCUUGUGUGUGGCUGGAAUGUUGCCUACUAUCCACUUUUGGCUCUGGCCCUGACCACCACUGGCAUGCAGUCACUGGAAGGGAAUGUGGUCCCUGAGCUGCAAGAUGUUCUCAGCCCCUGAGAGAGGCUGAUCCAUCUGAUCUUUUUAUGUUCUAACUGAUUUUGCAUGAUGCAACAAAUGCUGUAAAUAUCUUAGAGUAGAAGUAGGGAAUCUGUGGCCUUCCAGACAUUGCCGCCUAUUGUAGCUGUUUGGUAAAGUGCAACUAAAUCCCCUUAGCUCCUACUUUUUAUGUUUACUUUCUGAAUGCCACAAAUUCUGAUUUAGAUUUUAUAUCAUAUCAUAUCUACUAACCGUCAUCUCAGUUCUCUGAACUGCCGUCCUUAUGCAAUCAAAUGGUGGUGCGCUCACACAAGAGGCAGAUUAUCUGUAUACUUGAAGUAUACACAUAAUUUUUUUAAGCCCAAAGGGAAGAGGAGUGUGGGAUGACUGCUGAAAGGGUGAAAACAAACAGAAAACUAGGGCAUGGUGAGGGAAUAAAUAAUAUGGACUGGAAUAUUGAACAGGAACACUCAGUGCUGCAACAUUUUGUUGCAAGCCCCCCAUGUACAGUGGUACCUCUGGUUAUGUACUUAAUUUGUCCCAGAGGUCCGUUCUUAACCUGAAACUGUUCUUAACCUGAAGCAGCACUUUAGCUAAUGGGGCCUCCUGCUGCCGCUGCGCCGCCGGAGCACAAUUUCUGUUCUCAUCCUGAAGCAAAGUUCUUAACUCGAGGUACUAUUUCUGGGUUGGCAGAGUCUGUAACCUGAAGCGUAUGUAACCUGAGGUACCACUGUAUGUUAUAGUUUAGCUGUACUUUUUUGCCUUGUACUCAGGAGGCUGUGUGCCAAAAUGAUGGUCUCCCCCUGCCUGUGUCUCUACCUCCCUUUCUCUCUCAUGUACAAGAGAAAUGGGAUGAUGUAUGUCUCUCUUGAUUAUUUGGAGAAUAUGGCCCAGAUCCAAAUCUCCGCAUCUUAAGCAGCUGGAACUAGGUGCACAUAACCUACUUAGAUACUCGGAACACCAAGAAUAAGUUGUUUGGGGAAGGGAAAGCAGGAAUAAUAAAUCCAGCCCCCCCCCCAUCUUGAAACUAUGAUAGGCAGAAUUAAAGUAUUCAACAGGGGCUAUGCAUCACACCCCAGUUCUUGGAGCAGGGAAAGGAAAAUCAUACAAGCAGCAGCUGUUUGUACAUGCAGAUCCACACCAAGCUUCUGGCUGGAUACUCCAGGUGUAUAUCCAGCUUCUAAAAUGUUGCAAAGGAAGAAUAGAAGGCCAUUGCUGGAGAGGCAUAAAGCAUAUUUCCACCAAGAGAGGCUGCAUAAAGCAAUGAGGGUAUUUCCUUUUAACCCUAUCUCCUGGUAAACCACGAACACUUCCUGAGGAAACACAUUUCUCUGAAAAAUAGCUCUAUCUAGCUUUAAGCUAAGCGACAAAACACAAAACUUCAAGCAUAAAAAAAUACACUGUCAUUAAAAUAAAAACGUUAGGUCUGGUCCACUUGAAUCCUGCAACUAAUUACAGGUGGAGAAACAAAAUGAAAUGUCAUUGGCUAGCAUGCAAAUAAAUAAUGACUUUCAGGAAGCAUAUUGUUGUUAUUUACAACCCAAGAUUUUUGAGUCAUGACAUAAAUUGUGAGAAUCUGAGGGUGGCAAAACCGCCAACAGUAUUUUUCAUUGCACACUAGUGGAAAGUUAUAGAAAACACCUCAGCAUUUACAGCUUAAAUGCCUCCUCAACACCCAGAUGUUUACCUAUGGAUAUGAUCACUUCAAGCUUUUAACUUGAAUGCAAAACUCUCAGGUAUCAUGAAUUGAGAAGUAAUUGGGAACUACCAGUGUGGUGGAGCCAUAUGGUGGAGAUGCUGUACCCUCAAUGUCAUUGUUGCCGCUUACAGUACAGUUGUACCUCGGGUUUACUUAAUUCGUUCCAGAGGUCUGUUCUUAACCUGAAACUGUUCUUAACCUGAAGCACCACUUUAGCCAAUGGAGCCUCCCGCUGCUGCCGCGUGCCCGGAGCACGAUUUCUGUUCUCAUCCUGAAGCAAAGUUCUUAACCUGAGGUACUAUUUUUGGGUUAGCAGAGUCUGUAACCUGAAGCGUAUGUAACCUGAAGCGUAUGUAACCCGAGGUACCACUGUACUUGGAUAGUGCAGGAAAAUUAAUUAAUUAAUUAAUUAAUUUUUCUAUCCUGUCUUUACUCCAAGGAGCUCAAGGUGGCAUACACAGUUCUCCUCCUUCCUAUUUAAUAUUUGCAAGAAGGCUAGAGCACCGUCAGGCCAAGGUCACCCAGUGAGCUUCAUUGUUGGGUGGGAAUUCAAACCCUGGUCUCCAAUUUCCUGGUUCAGUACUCUAACCACUACAGUGACUGACUAAAGAAGUGCUAUAGGAACUUACUCAGUGUUACAAUAAAAUUAUGUUUAUAUGGCCAUAUAAACAUGUCUGCAAGAAUCCAUAGGGCAACUGAUACAUUUAUAGCACAAUCCUAUACAUGUCUGUUUAUUUGUACUUCCCGGUAAGUUUAAAUGUACUUCUUGAUGUGCAAUCCUGUGCACACUUACCUGGCCCACUGAUUCCCAAAUAGAUGUCCAGGAUUGUGCUGAAAGAAUUACAUGUUUCAAAUGGCAAGGAGACUUAAAAAGGUAAAGGGACCCCUGACCGUUAGGUCCAGUUGCAGAUGACUCUGGGGUUGUGGCGCUCAUCUUGCUUUACUGGCCGAGAGAGCCGGUGUUUUAUCUGCAGACAGCUUCCAGGUCAUGAGGCCAGCAUGACUAAGCUGCUUCUGGUGAACCAGAGCAGCGCACAGAAACACCGUUUACCUUCCCGCUGGAGCGGUACCUAUUUAUCUACUUGCACUUUGACUUGCUUUCGAACUGCUAGGUUGGCAGGAGCAGGGACCGAGCAACAGGAGUUCACCCUGUCGUGGGGAUUCGAACUGCCGACCUUCUGAUCGGCAAGCCCUAGGCUCAGUGGUUUAGACCACAGCUCCGCCCCCAUCCCUUGGCAAGGAGGCUUAACAUAUGGCAAAAGAGAGAUCUGGAAGUGGGGGAAACAACCCUCAUCAAGAAGAAAAAAUGACAUAAGGUCAUCUUUGGAUAAGAGAGCCUUGAAUACAGCACGCAAAUGUAUUGUCAUCUCCACAGGUGUAAGCCACAUGGUAACAAGAAAAGCCAAAUGAGAUCUCGUGCACAUUUAUUGCACGGUUAACAAAACAUGUUGAAGUCAGGUUACGAUUUGGAACCAAUUAGAGGAACCCUUAAAUGUAAAUGCACUUUGAGUUUGUUAGAAUGUAAGGGGCUUUUUGUUUUGCCUUAGUUCCAUUCCUCCUCUCAUUUGUGAUUAGUUACAAUAAUAUACCUUAUUGAAAGCUAUCAGUUUCUAAGUUACUUCUAAUUUUGAGGAAUUAGAUAGCUAGGACUGCAUUGCGUUGGCAUCUGUCUGUCUCAAGAGGCAAUGGAGUAUAUAUCCAGGGGUGAAGUUAAACUGCUGUGUUAGCAGCCCAGGAGCGACCUCUCUAGGGCACAAAAACCUGGGCAGUGUGUAUGGAGGCCCUGGGCUGCCCAGAUGACAAGACCCUGCUCUUGGCUUCACUGAUGUGGUCAAAAGGAAAACAGAGCAAUAUGUUUGGCACCAGCUUAGCUGCAGGAAUUGUUGGGAGGAGGCGUACAAGCACCACCCACUCCAGGUUUGUGUAGGGUUUACUCCUCAGCCUUUUCUUCUUCUGAAGAUAUCCUGCAAGGCAGCAGAGGUUUCAGAUUAGUUUUCCUUCUCCUAGAUGGGCUACCUUUCCAGGUUGAUGAGCUUCAUCUGCCCAGCUAGGACUAGGAGCUUGGUCUUCUGAUAACUUAGAGCACAAUCCUAACCAUGUCCACUCAGUGGGGUUGGGAUUGCAGCCUAAAUAGUACUGUUGCCUAAUGUGAUUUUAAUGAUAUAAUAUGCUGGCCAUAUGUAUGUGAGAGUUAUUUUCUUUUAUAGUUGCUAUAAAGAAUUACACAGUGUUCUAUUUAUCAGUUAAAGUCAGCAUAUCAGGGGCCGAUGUAUAUACUUCACACUGCUGAUUUUUCUUGGUUCAGGGCGUUCUGCUAUGACCAGUUUCAAAAUCAAAUAAAAGCUUCUCUAAAUACAGAGCAAUCCUAAGUAGGGAUGAGGAGAAAUUCAAUUCAGUUCAUAUUUAAAGCCUAAUCUUUAGCCAAUAUUGCAUAGAAGGGUGUGCUUAGUAGGGGAAAUUCUCACAAAAGUGUUUCUUAACCUUUUUGAAUUUGCCCUUCUCAAUGGAGGGUGCAAUCCCAAACACACUUACUGGGAGGAAAGUCCCACUGAACAUAGUGGGACUUGCACCUAGGUAAACAUGCAUAGGACUGUACCAUAGGACUCCCUUGUUGUGUGGGCUCCACUGCCAUGACCAGCCCAACCACAAUAAAGGGCUCUGCAGGCGAACGUGCUGAAAUUCUAAUAUGCAGUUGGAUGCAGCCUGGUGGGAGUCUUUGGACUUCGGUAAUAAUACUAAUCUAACACUAAGUUUUAAAAAAAGCUAGAAAAUGAGGUAUUUGACUCCCUCAAAAAACUAGCAUACAUGGUUUCCCCUACAAAGAAUCUUGGAAAAUACAGCUCUCUGAGGAGUAAACUACACGUCACAGAAUUCUUUUGGGGAAGCCAUAAAUACUAAAGUGGCAUAAAUUUGCCUUAAAUAUUCUAACACCUUUAGGUUGGGAUAAUGGGACUGGGGGCGGGGAUUGAUCCCACAGAUGCACACAUAUCUUUGCUGUGUGUGUUGGGGAUGAUGGAAGCUGCCACUUUAUUCAAGAUAUCAUUUUCUCUUCGGGUGUCUUUGCACCUCCAAGGAAUGGGGGGCUGCCGCCCAGUUUGAGAACUCCUCUUGUGACGCAGAUUCCCCAACCUUUACUAGGGAUUAUAAAUAUGUUAGUUAGAAAGGCUAAUGAAGAUUGUACUGCUUAAAAAGCAAUGAUUUUUAUGUAGUGAACUCCAUGUGUAAAGUACUUUUUUUCUUUUCUUCCUUUUUGGCUACAGGCGCUUCAGGAUGCCCUGAAAAAUCAAGGUGCCCCCUUGCACGAGACUCCUGUAAAUGCCCAGGAUAUGAACUGCAACCAUGAAGAGAUGAAAAUGCAAAUGGAAGUUCUCAGGCAACAGGUAUGAAUGGAUUGCAGUAGCAUUGUAAUUCAUUUAAUUCUAAAGGUAGAACUCCUAGGUUUUAACAUGAACAUUUUAUUCUGUGCAUGAAUUCCACAAUGAGCUCAGAACCAUUAUAAAUGAAGGUUGGCAUUUUCAGUAUAAAGUCUGAUUUUCAGAUGUAGCACUACCAUUUAUACUAGAAAACUUCAAUAAUAAACAGCUAGAUCAGCUCACACAUCCUCCCCAACUGGUUGAUCUAUAUUUACAUUUUGUUUUCAUACUGCUAUUUUAGUUGCAAUACUCCUACUCAACUCACCUAUCAAAUGCCACCGAUGGGAGUGGAUAAUCAAGACGCCACGUGCCCUUUCCCCAUUUUUGUGAGACUACACGUUGCUCGUGAAUCAUGUUCUUCUUAGUGCAAGACUUUUCUUUAGUUCAAUAUUCUAAGUGGACAGAUAAAUUAAAAGCAUAUAAAGUGUCCCCAACUGGCUCAAAUAAACUCCAUUAUCUGUGGAACGGAAGAUUGAUUUAAUCAGUGUUGCAGAACCUCAGGGAAAGAUGUGCUGCUACCUCUCUCUCUCUCUCUCUCUCUCUCUCUCUCUCUCUCUCUCCCUCCCCCCCCCCCCCCAGGUUUCCUUUUAGACAGGAACCCAUCCGUUUAAAAUUAUGUUACUUUCCAGUUAACCUUAGGUUUUAAGUCUGUCAUUCUGGACACUGUUAGAGUCAGUUGCUGAAAUACAAAUGUGUAGGAUGGGAAGGCCGGUGGACUAAAAUACUUGUUUCUGUCACGUUUGAAGGGCUGAGCCAGAUUUUACUCUCAUGUAAUGCAUGCCACAUGUGGAAGGGUAAAGCCUUGAAUUUGAUUGUUCAAUAAUGGAUUGUACACACAAUAAAACAGAGGAUAUCAUUCCCUCCCCCCUUCCCCCUAUACUUCAGAGGGCACUUAAAUCUAGAGUCUUUUUUUCUUUUUUGUAUCAUUUCAUUUUAUGCAUCCGUUGAGACGCUGUGGAGUUCACACUGCAUAUUGGAGGACAGAAGGUUCCAAUUCCAUGUUAUAAGGACAUUUUGCACUACCUCCUUUAGUUUUCUAAGCCUCCUUCAUGUCUUAAGCUUGCAGUAAUUAUAAUAAGGGUUGUGGGGACGAUAUAAUAAGGGGAACCAACAGCAGGGUCCAUGGAGAGUUUUCCAGCCCCAGCUCCCCUCCUCCUACCUUAUCGUAUUUGUUUGUAUGGAAAGGGUAGGAGAGGUCACAACCAUUCCCCAAGACUCAAAAAUAGAGGAAGCUUAGCCAACCACAAAGGACUCUACUCUUUCCCAAAGAGAACCAGGAUGGAAGCCAGCUGUGUGAAAAAGCAGAUAGCGUAUGCCCACUGGCUGAUCAGUAUCAACUAAACAUCUAGAGCAGAUUAUCUACUUGCUUUAUGGCUUCGCCAGCCCUGAAUUGCUUCCACACUGUAGCCAUUUCUUCGUUCAAUUAUUACAAAUAAUUUGAGAAGUUAUUGCCAAUGUGAUUUAUACAAUGUAUUCCCUGUUACCCUCACCUCUUUUUAAAUACCAGGUUGGUGGUGAUUUUACUGCAGUUGCAUCUCUAUUCCUGAGCAGGAACGCUGUUCUAGGGAGUAGGUUCGGUUAAAGCAAAUGCUUCUGGAUAAACGUGUUUUUUAUCUCCCUUUAAGGCUGCAUUAACACAUCUGUAGUGCCUGACUACUUUUCCAUCUGGUGUGGGGAGAGACAUUGCAGGAUUGCUGAAUACAGGAGUAUACAGUCCUGUGUGAAACUACAGUUCUAAUUCUGCUUCCAGAAUUAAUGUGGAAGAACCAUGAACCAGCAGCGCCUGAGCGACAUCAAUACUAUACUUUUAAAGCAAUUCACAGCACAAAUUUCCCCUCUCAAACAAUCCUGGGAAUUGUAUUUUGUUAAGGGUGCUGGGAAUGGUAGCUCUGUAAGGGAUGCACGGUCUCUGUUUUGUGGUUGAAAUUCAGAAUUGACUAACUUUGGCUAUAAGGUUCUGAAAGUGGUAUUUCUAAACGCUGGGAUUCUGAGCACAUUAAGUAGAAUUCCCUGGGAAUGUACAAGAUAGACUGCAUGACUCAUGGGGUUGAUAAUCCAGUAACUACAGACACUGGUGCAUUAUCACUUAUCAGCAUUUCCAGUAAGUGGUUGUUCAUAAUGAUUUUUAAUUGAAGUCUUCCUGACUACUCAUGCACUAGCUGUCAGUGAUUUGCUCCUUACAAGUACAUACUCAUGGGGGGAAAGAUCAUGACUGAUGCAAGUCUAUCUAGACACAUAGACAUUGACAUCUUUUAAUCUCUUUUUAGUUUACUGCUGAAUUUAAUAUUAUUAUUAUUUUAUUUUUAAUUACUUGGUUUUAACUAUUGUAUUGAAUAUUUCUGGUAGACUAUUUGGAAGUUUUAUUACAAUUAUUUAACUUUCAUUAAAUAAAUAACAAGAGGAAUUGUGUCAACCAACACCAACACCCACCCAGCCCUGCCAAUAAUGCCCGAAAUGGCAAGUCCCCUGUAAUACUUUAAAUCAGUGGUUUUCAACCAGUGUGCCGUGCCACCCGGGGUGCCUUGAAUGAUGGUCAGGGCAAUACCGGCCUCUGUCCCUCUUUCUUUCCCUCCCUCCUCUGAUGCCCUCUCACAGAAAAAAUGUAGUUGGUCAAGGGAGCCAUGGACUCAAAAAAAGUUGAAAACCUCUGCUUUCAACUACAAGGAGACAGAACCCUUCAUUGCAUAAUGGAGCACUUUACAAGAAGCACAGGUUUGGAGGGGUGAGGAAGCCCAUUUUCAGCCACAGUCUGAAGGGAAGCAAGCAGUAGACCUAUCUCUGAGCACCAUUCCUAUCUCUGAGCAGUGCAAGAUUCCAGGCGAUCCGGGCGCUUUUCCAGGGUUUGUGUUUCCUUCAGAAUGAGGCACAGUCGAGAAUGUAUCUUUAGGAUAUAUGAUUCAUUUACACAUAUACAACCUGAGUCUAUGAUGGAGAGAUUCAUAGCAUUAGCACCCGUUUCUCCCAUAGCUGUAACCUUGGAUUCAAACAGAAAUGAAACAUUGCGCUCUCUCUCUCUCUCUCUCUCUCUCUCUCUCUCUCUCUCUCUUCCUAGUUUGUUGCUUUGCUUCUAGUUCACACCUCUCCAAACUCUGCUCUCAACUCUGUCCUUCUAACUAUCCAUUUACCAUCUCACACAGAUCUACUUCCUUUGUUCCCCUUAAUGGCCCAUCUCCCAGGCGAUCACCUCACCAGGAAAGUAGCCUUGGCUUAUAUUUUAACACUUGCUGGAUCCAGGGGUUUGAAGGGUCUCGGCAUACAGCCUGCUCACCCCCCCCCUUGUGUUCUUCCCUGCCACCAGUUCUUAGCACAAACAGAGCAGCUGCUCUAAGAAAGUUUUUUGAGGGAGGAGUAGGGAAGGUGCUGUGCCAGGCAUGGCUGGCUUCAGACUUGUUGAAUCUACUUUCUGUUUUUACUGGAACUUCAGCAAUAGCUAUGUCAGGAACAUGCAACAGACAGAAUAAAAGAACAGGGUGACUCCUAGUGAAGUCUAAGCAUAGGACUUUGUUUUCAGUACCAGAAAUGAGCUGAACCCAUACUCCUUUAACAAACAAAUCCACAUCCGGCUAGCUUUCUUCAUUUCAGCAGCCUAAUUUGAGUGGGAAAAGUAAAUUUCUUGUUAAAUAAUUAGGUGUUGGAAACCCUUGUCAAUCUACUGCAAAUGACCCAAAGAUAAAACAAUCUAGUUCCAAUCUAUCUUUUGCCCACCUCUGCCCUGGACUGUCUCAGAGAUUGCCACCUAAGGUGGUGUAGCUUAACACAGUGUAUAUAUAGAAAGUGAGUGUGUAAUCUGAUAAACUGCCAGCAAUUGUGUCAAGCCACAGUUGUCUUUCUUAUAAGCAUAUAUUUUGUAAAAUAUUUGCCACAGUCGGGCAUGGAUAGUUUUUUAAUCAAAUCUCAUUCUCCAAUGUGCUGUUGUUCUUCUUCCAUCCAGAGUUACCGUAUUUUUUGCUCUAUAAGACGCACCAGACCACAAGACGCACCUAGUUUUUGGAGGAGGAAAACAAGAAAAAAAAUAUUCUGAAUCUCAGAAGCCAGAACAGCAAGAGGGAUCACUGUGCAGUGAAAGCAGCAAUCCCUCUUGCUGUCCUGGCUUCUGGGAUAGCUGCGCAGCCUGCAUUCACUCCAUAAGACACACACACAUUUCCCCUUACUUUUUAGGAGGGAAAAAGUGAGUCUUAUAGAGCCAAAAGUAUGGUAUUUAAAGAUGUGUUGUGUUUUUCCUUUUAAAAAAAAUCAAAGCCUUUCUGACUCUUAAUAUAUGAGACAGUGAGUGUAGUCCUGAAAUACUAAAAUUAAAGGGUGAUUUAGUGUUGACAUAAAUGGAAUUCAAAUUGUACCAGAUGAGUUGAAAUUUUACACUAAUUACUUAUCAAUGGAAUAUAGUCAUUUGAAUUGCUAAACAUUUUGUAAUCAUGCCUGCCUGAAGUUGCCAAAACUCUUUGUCCUGGAAAGUAGCUUUCUCUCUCUCUCCAGAGCUGAGAAUUAACCUGUAGUUGUAUGCAUGUUUACCUGGGAGUAAGCUCCAUUGAACACAAUGAAGCUUACUUCUGAGUAAAAGUACAUGAUUGCUCUGUAUAUUACCAUUUAAUUUUGUUUGAUGGAUGGAACUAAAAGCCUGUGUAAGUAGAGGAAAUUUAUAGGAAAAUACCAAAUUGAAGCCAGAAAUCCCUAUAAACUUUCUGUGAUUGUUAAUUGUUAUUAAUUAUGUGAUUAUGGAUUCUCUUUGAUUAUUAAUUCUUAUAUCCACACCAAAUAUAAAAAUCAUGUAAAAUUCUGAGAGACCUCUGGGUAUAGGGCGGUAUAUAAAUUCAAUAAAUAAAUUAGAGGGGAAGGUUUGUGAGAACAAAUAACUUUUUUUAAUUACCAAAAUGUCAGAACCCACCAUGACAUUUCCUCUUAAAGCAUUUUUCAUGUAAAUGGAUAGACUUGCCUAUUUUGUACCUUUUAUAAAAUUAAGAUUUGGGGCAUUGCCUCUACUGAAUAUAUAUUACAUUAUCCUCAUUUGUAGGUUCAGAUAUAUGAAGAAGACUUUAAAAAGGAAAGAUCUGAUAGAGAGAGACUUAAUGAAGAAAAAGAAGCACUGCUGAGAAUUAAUGAGAGAAUACAGUUUCAGUUGGACACCCUAAAUUCUCAGGUAUGAAUAAAAACAAAUGUAUCAUUGCCAAAACAUGUGUAUUUCCUCCUUGUUUUCUCGCUUUCCAUUCAACCCAAUUCUGGCUUCCGUUCUAUUCUGGCUUCCGUUAAUUGACACAGAUUUUAUAUGAGGUCACCAUCUGGGAUGAAAUCAUUCUGGAGUAAUGUUGGUGAUGAAAUGAGGAAUAAUUUGAAACCCACACCCUGAACACACACAAAUACACACACACUAACUAAAUGGAGUGACUUGUGACAAAUGCAGUGCCUCAUGAAAUAUUUUGUAACAAGUUCUUUUUUUGAUCUCUUGUUUCUGAUCCCAGAUAGUUUCAAGGGAAUUAAGCAGAAUAACAUUUUCUGGCUAUUCUGUAUGAUUUCCGCAACUAAGGCUGCAUCUUAUAUAUGCUUGCCUAAGCUCCAUUUGCAUACAACAGAGUGAAAAUGCAUUUAUUCAUUUUAUGAAUUGCUUUCCACAAGGUAAAGGUAAAGGUACCCCUGACCAUUAGGUCCAGUCACAGAUGACUCUGGGGUUGCGGCACUCAUCUCGCUUUAUUGGCCGAGGGAGCCGGCGUACAGCUUCUGGGUCAUGUGGCCAGCAUGACUAAGCAGCUUCUAGCGAACCAGAGCAGCGCACGGAAACGCUGUUUACCUUCCCGCCAGAGCGGUACCUAUUUAUCUACUUGUACUUUGAUGUGCUUUCAAACUGCUAGGUGGGCAGGAGCAGGGACUGAGCAAUGGAAGCUCAUCCCGUCGCAGGGAUUUGAACUGCCGACCUUCUGAUUGGCAAGCCCUAGGCUCUGUGGUUUAACCCACAGCGCCACCCGAGUCCCACAAGGUAUCCUGAAGCAAUUUACUAUAUAAAUAUCGCAUAGGAUUACUCCUCUAAUCAUCUGCAUCUAAAGAGCUAUAAGUGUCAGUCAACCCAUGAAUAUAUUUUGGAAGACUAAGUUCAAAUCCUUGUUCUGCUAGGAUCUCAUUAGGUUAGGUCCUUGUAUCCUUGAAGUGCUAGCGAGGAAACAUGAUAAGCUGAAUUUGAAUCCUGGCAAGAUGGGGGUACUGUGGAUGAGUGGUCUCUGUGCCCAAGAAAUUAGUCAAUUGCCUGCGCCCGACAGGAUGGCACUCCUCCUAAAGGAGCAGGUAUGAAGGCUGGGUGUGCUUCUGGAUCCAGCUCUGUCACUGGAGGGCCAGGAAGCAUCAGUGGCUAGAGAUGCCCUUUACCAGCUCUGACUUAUAUGGCAGCUACAACUGCCUGGACCAGGAGAGCUUGACCACAUCGGUCCAGGCAUUGUUGACAAAAUAGGAUUACUGCAACGUAUUUUAUGUGGGGCUACCCUUGCACCUGCUCUGGAAGUUAGUGCCGUUAGUGCCGAAUGCUGCAGCACAGCUGCUGGCAGGAGUGAGACCCAGUCUGCAUAUUACGCCUCUGCUCAGAGAUCAUCACUGGUUGCCCAUUGGCUGCUGGGCCAAGUUCAAGGUGUUACUAUUAGUAUAUAAAGCCCUUGACAGCUGGGGACCAGCUUACUUGCAGGAUCACCUUACCCAUAGGCGCCUGCUCGGCCACUUCUGUCUGUAUAACUGUCACUAUUACAAGUGCCACAUAAUACCUUUAAUGUGGCAGCACCAUAUCCUUUGGAACUCCCUGUCUAUUGGCAUAAGAUGGGCACCUUCACAGUAUUCUUUUUGGUGCCUUCUUAAAACAUUUUUGUUUAGGUAAGCCUUGUCAGUUUGCAUUUCUUAGUGCAGAAAGUAUUGAUCUGAUGUUUAGAGAUCUUUCCUAUUCUACUUGAUUCAAGAGGGUUCUGGAAGCUUCUCUGUGUGAAAGAGAUAAGCAGAUGGUUUAUAAUGUUAGGCUAUACCUUCAGAAAAGCUGGCUUAAACUGGCUUUGUUAUCUUUUCUGUCAUGGUCAUGCUGACUAUAAAAGUAGGGCCAGAAGGAGCCCGGGUUUCACUUUGUCUGUCUGCCUCUCUUUCCUUCUGGUGUGGAGUUCUGUACAUAGUAUGUAUAGUGUUAAGGUUUAGUCUUAUUAUAAGUUAGUGUAAGUUUACGUUAAGUCUGCUGCAACUGGAUUUCUUAUAGAUAGUGCCAGUCCUGAAUGUAUUGGAUUUGUGGCCAUUAUGUUCAUUUGCCUUCAGUAGCAGUAAAGCUCUGCUGGAUGAAAUACAAUAGCCUCUGGUCUAUUUUUGAGAAUCCUGCAACGUGUUUAAGUUUUUACUUUGCUAACUAUACAUUGGAAUCUAUGCUGGAUCAAUAUUGAGUAGAAUUUCAAUGACAAGCCUACCAAGACAUGCAGAAGUUGCAUAUGAUUUGUCUCUGUUGAUUUUCAUCAUCUUUUGAAUAUUUUUAAAUACCUGUUUUUAAAUAUAUAUUUUUAAUCAAUAAUUUUAUUUUAUUUUUAUUUUUGUAAAUGGCUUAAGGGUUUUCUAGCAAUCAAGUGGUAUGUAAAUUUGGUUAAAUAAAUCAAAAGUGUGCAUGUGCCAAUCACUAAGUCAAUGUCGCCUUGUGGUUCCACUCUGUUUCUACCUCCAUCUUGCGUCCUUGCUCAUUAAGCAUGUUAUCCUUCUGCCGCCAUGGUGCCUUCCUAUAAAAUCAGAACAUUGUAUUAUCGUUGUAGAGAUUGUAUGGUGUGAUUUGACAUGCUUAACUGUUAUAUAAGUAAUACAUAAAUGCAGUUAUCAGGUUUGUUUGGGGCUCUUCUGGUCAACUUUUCUUGCAGGAAUUGGAAAGGAAAGAUCGAAAUGUAAUUCCUCACUUGUCACGUGUCUCAAAUGAAGAAGGAGUGGCAAGUGAAACGGGUUGCAAUGAUGCAAGGAAGCUUAAUAUGGGACCAUAGAGCGAACAACAAAAUCUUAUUGGCCAAUUUUGUGAACUAAAACAGGAUACCCAACCAAUGCUUGUGCAACUAUUUCCUAGAACUAUUUAUAAAGGAGACAUAUGGCAUUCCUGGGCAGCUUGCACUAUGAUUUAACUGCCCUUUAAGUUUAGAUUUCCCCCCACCCCCCAAAAAAUAUUUAGCCUAAUCUUCAUCAAGUGAAUUCAGACCGGACUGUAAGAAUAAAUAUGUUGUCCACAACAAGUCCAGUUGCUGGCAAUGGCUGGCAUAAUUUGUGCCUUCUCAUGAAUGAGGGUUUGGGCUUUAACAAGCAAGAGACGUUCUGUUGGCAUGACCCAAAACAAUUUCCCUCACUGUUUCCCUCACCUUUGACUUUGGAGCAUAAAUCAAUUGUCGCCUAAUGAACCUGUUAACUUAGCUCACUAAACUUCCACAAGGGGGCAUGAGAGUUCUUGAUUUCAGCAAUUGCUUUUUGAUAACAUACUUCUAUGCAUGCAUGCACUUUUUCAGUAUGAAAUUAAUUUCCCCUACACAGGUUAAAGACUGUCAGGAAGAAAGGGAACUACUUGAGAAGCAAGUAAAGCAACAGGUGUGUGUUGUACUUCAGAUAUGUUUUUUCUAGGAGGCUCAAAUGACACACAGUUGCAAUCCAACUGAACUAAUUUUGCUAAUGUGAUGAACAAAGAAUUUGUCUAUAGGACUCAGUGCAUGCCAUGAUUUUGUGCAAGUACAGGCAAAGUGCAAAAUAUGGUCCCAAGUUGAAGCUAAUUUUUUGUUGAAGCUUAAAGGUUCCAGCUAUUUUGGCUGCUUUGACAGAGUUGAAUGUUAAGUGGACAAUAUCUGGUGAAAUCUCUAAGUUAAAGGUGAACUCCAUACAAUUUCCAGUAGUCCAGGGAAUGGCCUUAUCCCUCACUAUGACCAUCCAAAGCAGAUGAUGUUGAUUAAGUAAAUUUAUGCAAAUAGGUUUUUGUGCCUAAUGCAUCCAGGUUAGAUAUUUUUUGCCAUUUCUGGUGCUGUAUUUUAAUGUUUCAUAGUGCAGCCGGCUGUAGUCCCAUUACUGGCAAACUUGUUAUCAGUCUUGUGUUGCUUACUUAGAACUAAGGAUGCAACUACCUGAAUAGAAAGGCAUCAGCUACCAGUUGUACGCUGCAGCAUCAAACCAGGAGUACAGGAAAUACUAAGAUGUUACUACUUUAAUUGGGAAGUGUUCAUUUUAUUUUAUUUAUUUAUUAUUUCAAUUUUUGUAUAGGCAAGAGACCUCCAAUCACUUACAGAAAAACAUGGCUUCCCACAUCAGAUGUUUGUUCCUGCAUGUUUUAGUUGCAGGAACUGUGGGUUACUUCACCCUUACCCUGAACCUCAAAUAAAAUUGGCUCCGUGCAGCAUUCACAGAAAGCAGCAGCGCCCAGUAAGUAAUACUUCUGCCAGUCUUCGUUUCACAAAGUGGAAACCAACAUUGUACAAUUACAAAUGCAAGGAUUCUGCAGGAGUAGAAUAAUAUGUGCAUUGUGAAAUGUAAACACUCGCCUCUCUUUCUUGCCUUGUCAUUUUGAUUUUUCUCAGAUAAUUGUUUUUGUAACUCAUAAUGUACAUAUUCCCAUCCUCUUUCAAAUAGCUCACAUCUCCUGCAGAGUAUUUUUUUUAAAAAAACACCCUGUAUUUUUUUUCUCUGACCACAGAACAAAAUAUAUUUUACUGCAUUCUUGGUAUGCUUCAGGGCCCAAUUCCAAGUAAUAAUCUUUAAAACCAUUAAUGAGUUGGGGCCACAUUGGUUGAAGGAUCACCUUCACCUAUACAAACCUGCCUGUCCUUUGAGUUCAGCCCCUGAGGACCUGAUUUUGUGUCCUUCAGUGAGAGCUAUAGGGUUGACCCCACAUCAAUCUGUGGAAUUCUAUCCUAACUGAGACCCCAUCAAUUCAGGUCUUCAAAUGAGUUCUGAAUAACUUUGCUUUGAGUUGUUUUAUCUUGGACUGAUAACUGGGUUUUGAUGUUUAUAAACUGAUUGUUCAUUUGCUGGAAAUAGUUUUAAUUAUUUUUAUAGGCUAGUACCUAAAGUAAUGUUAGCAAAAGUAGCAUUGUCACUCACGCAGUCGCACACAAGCUGUCACAGUGUAUAGUAACUCUAGCAGUUGUACACCACCUUGUGCAAGGGCAAGACACACAUUAGAUUUGACUGCUACACUGUGCUGAGAUUGAGGCUCCUGCUAGGGGAAUAAUGGUUGUUCAAGCGGGUUGCCACAACUGCAUUCCUUCACAUUAUGGGGAAGAAUGCAACAUGGAUGGAGUUGCCAUUAUCUUAUUUCUCCAGGACAAUCUCUUGCAUAAGCCACCAUGGAAGUGAAUGGAACCUGCCAAGGACCACACAUACUUAAGCUUAGAUAAAACAAGGAAAGAGCCAUAGAUAAGCAGAGCUUUUGUUUAAGUAUUUUUCCUUCUGCUUCUCUUCUCUUAUAUGAGCUUGUGGGGGGAAGGAGUUUCUCACUAAAGUUUAAAACUGAGGCCCAAUUAAUUUUGGCCGCUGUCCUAGAGCUUUCACCAUCUGGGUUUCUAGCUGUGCAAUGCAUCCUGGGGGUUUAUAAAUUUUGCCUUCCUUUAGAAGACUGCUGGAAGGGUGGAGUCCUUUGCUGAUUGGUUGUUUUGAAAUCUAUUCCCAAGUCCUUUUGUGAUUGUUUUCUUAUAUAAGUGUAGCUGGCUCCAGCAGGUUUUUAUUUUUUAUAAAAAAAUAAUAAUUCCCAAGCUAUUUGUCAUCAAAUGUGAAAGGUGUUAGAAUUGAGUGAGUGUGUAGGCUCAGCGUAUGGAAUAUAGUACAGAUACUUUGUUAUAGUUUGACUUUCUACUCCUUUCCCCCCCUAACUCACAUUUACUGUUUACUUUUCAAUCAUCCUAGAAAUUUUUUGUUUAGUCUGAUUUUGAAUCAUGUCUCUUUAUCCUUUGGAAUACUUUCAAGAAAAUUUGUGAAAAUUAUGUUAACUGCCUUGCAGUAGUGUUCACACGUUGUUGUUUGGGUCUCUGAGAAUACAUCAUAUGUUUGUAGUUGAGUAUGGCUUAUUUUACUAGGGAGUGUUUUGCAUGUUUCAUUGAAUAUUUAUCCCAUCCAUGCCCUGAUGUCUUUGGGUAGAGGCUUAAAAUAAAAAGUUAAGAGAUAAGAUAUUUAAUAUAAUUUAUAAUACAAACUAAGUUAGAUGGGCCAUCUAGCCCGGCUCUGUUAUAUGAUACCCUUUUGAAAAUUAAGUUUAAGGUGCUUGUGUAACAUGGUUUAUUUGAUAGCAAGCUGCUGGAAUUCAGUGGUUUGCCAUGUAGGUGGGACCACUUCUCCAUGCCAUUGCAAACAUCCAAAAAGCAAGGUUGGAUUUGACUCCAUUUUUUCUCCUUGUAAAACAUCUCAGUAAGGUCUCCUCCAGACAACCUGUUUAUGGAGCAUUCGUUCUGGGAAAAGCUGUGAUUUGUUUAAAUUAUGGCUUGUCCAAAGAGAUAUCAAACCUUGGUUUCUGGCUUGUUUAGAUAUCCAUAGUUAGAAUUAACUGUGAUUCUUGCCCAGUUCCCAGAUGAAAUGACAGCCUGCAGGUAUUUUAGCAUGGAAGCAGAUGCUUCUGAUCUUCCCAUUGUGAGUGUGCUGGAGAAAUGGGGAGAAGACUCAUGCACAUAAUACUAUGCUAUACUUUAGCAUUGCAUUUGAACCAGGUCAUAAAACUCCCAAUCACUUAACUAUUACAUCAACAACCCAGUUAUAUUAACCAUUAUAUCUGCAGCAGUGUUACCUAAUGGUGGUUACUUCUCCAUCCAGGAACUUGUCAGGGAACUGCCAUCGGACGGAAGGGAGGUGAAAGGGCUCACACAGGUUGGGAGAGACUCAGCAGCUGAAGAGGGAACCAGUAGGGGGAGAGGAGCUGAGCUGAGGGAAAGUGAGCUGGAGGGAUGGCUCAGAGACACUUCCAGCGAAAACAGUGGGGAGGUUUCAGGACCUCCUGUAGGGACACCCACUCCUCGCCGGAAACUGACACGCAGAGAGUCCAGAAGACGUGUUUCCGUUAAGGAGCUUUUAUGUUGGAAGCGAUUCCGAAAGCAACCACUGUCGGAAUCUGCUAGUGACUAGAGGAGCCAUGUCUGAGGGGCUCCGUCACAGACAGAGGUUUGUGGACUUGAACAAACUCUGAGGGGAUACGAUUUUACGCACAAGCAGCUCAUCAUCCCAUCACAGCAUUCCGACAGUCUUUGAAAGCAGCUUGUGCAGGAGAAGGCAUCAUGAGCAACCCAGCCGGAACCGGAGAAGCAGGAGCUGGAGCGGGUCCAAGCCUGGAAGAAAGGUACCGGGUGUUGGAGGUCCAGCUAGCGAUGCAGACGGCGAGGCUUGAGGAGAGGAGGGCUCAGGAUGCAGACAAAAAGGGGAAGCCACCCAGCUCGCCAGAAAGGUACCAGGAUUGGUGCAGAAGUUUGGGGGGGAGCCCAAAGACUAUCAUGGCUUUCGGACAGAGAUGCAAUAUGCCCUCAAUCUGCAGUUUGAUGAAUUCCCUGACGAGGAAUCACGAGUGGCUUUCGUGAUUGAGCAUCUUGAACAGGGGCGAGAGACUGGGUUAGACCCCUGAUGGCAGCGAAUAGUGACGUCCUAAAGGACACGAUGAAGUUCUUUCGCGCCAUGGAUCUGAUGUUUUCCAGCGAUAUUGAACAGGGAGUGGUGCGCAGACAGUUAAUGGCUUGCAAACAGGGGGCCGAUCUGUCCGUGAGUACUGGACUGAGUUCACCAUGCUGGUUCACAGAUUGGGGUGGGACUUAUCGGCGGAACCCAUUCAAAUGCUCUUUGAAGAAGGGCUUUCUUCGGCUGUGAAAGACGAACUUUCCCGGGCGCCCAGGGCGGAGUCUAUGGACCAGCUGACCAAAUCAGCGCUGACCAUAGGAGCGCGCCAGGAGGCGAGAGCAUUGGAGAGGCGGGAAGGGAAAGGGGAACGUUGGAAGGAGUUCCGCAUUCCAGACAUUCCAGAGCCAACUUUCCCGCCGGCAGAGCCGAUGGAAAUCGGAACAGCGCGCGCGCGCAGUUUCAAAGCCCAGUGAGGGGGAAAGAAGGAGGGAAAAGGCGCCCGGAAAUGCUAUCUCUGCCAACAGCCAGGUCACUUUGCCAGAGUCUGCCCCCAGAGGAAGGAAUGGCAAGGGAUGGUAGGAGCUGUGGAGGGAAGAGAGGAAGGAAUACCGGAGCAAGUAAAGCCAACGCCUGGCUGCCACUGUCGGGGCACAGCAGCCAGGCCAAAGAGCAGUGAGAGUGCCCACGCCAGAACCUCCUAAACCCGCCCUAGUGAUAGAAGUGACGCUAGAGCUGCCAAACGGACACCCUCUAAAGAUAAAGGCGCUGUUGGACUCAGGCAGCUCCUGCAAUUUCAUGAGCAAAGAGUUUGCAGCUGAACACCAGAUACAGACGAUCCCUUUAAGCAACCCCCUGCAGGUGACCACGAUCGAUGGCAGGGAGCUGUUGGGAGGAGAAGUCAGCUUGCAGACCGUCCCAAUGAUAAUGAAGGUAGCAAGGCACACCGAACUGAUAGCUUUUAAUGUGGCCACCUUGGGAGGAGCUCCCAUUAUAUUGGGGAUGAGCUGGCUAGCGUUACAUGAUCCGCUGGUGGGCUGGCAUCAGAGAGUGGUUUCUUUUGGUUCAGCACAUUGCUUAGAACACUGCAAAGAGGGAAAGGGUUUGGCAGGGGCCCAAGCUACCCUAGCAGGGACUGAAGUAACGGAAAACGUGAAGGUACCACGACAAUAUGCAGAUCUCCGUGACGUCUUCAGCGAAAGGGAAGCUGACCAACUACCCCGCAUAGACCCUUUGACUGUCAAAUCAAUUUACUCCCUGGGGCACAGCUCCCUGUAGGCAAGCUGUACGCCAUGUCAGACAGAGAGAUGCAGGAGCUAAGAGAGUUCAUUGACAAGAACCUGAAGAGAGGGUUCAUCAGAGAGUCCAGGGCGGUGGGGGGCAGCCCAGUGUUUUGUGUGGAUAACAAAACACGAACAAGCCGAGGCUGGUGUGUGACUUCAGGGCCUUAAAUGCAGUGUCAGAACCAGUGGCCUUCCCUAUGCCCAGGAUUGACGACAUUUUGACAAGGGUGCGGAAGGGAAAGAUUUUCACAAAGCUGGACCUAAGGGGGGCGUACAACCUGGUACGAAUAAGGAAGGGUGAUGAAUGGAAAACCACCAUGUUCACCCCUUUAGGGGCAUUUGAAUAUUUGGUUAUGCCCUUCGGCCUCCAAGCAGGCUCCGCAACCUUUCAAUCGUUUAUGAACCACGUCCUGGGGCCUUUGCUUUACAAGAAUUGUGUGGCCUUCUUAGACGACGUGUUGGUGUAUUCUGAGAAUGAGGAGCAGCAUGUGAGAGACGUCAGAGAAGUGUUGAGCAGGCUGCAAGCCAACCAGCUGUGGGUGAAACUGGAGAAGUGUCAGUUUCAUACCAAGGAGGUGGAAUUCCUGGGGUAUCGCCUGUCAGACAAGGGAUUGGCCAUGGAUCCCGGCAAGGUCCAGGCGGUGCUGGAAUGGAAAACACCCAAAACAAGGAAGGAUGUGCAGAGGUUCCUAGGAUUUGGGAACUUCUAUCGUAAGUUCAUCCGAAACUUUGCCCACCUGACGGCGCCCAUUACGGACUGUCUCAGCAGUAAGAAGAAGUUCGUUUGGACUGAGGAGGCGGAGCGAGCAUUUGAGGAACUAAAACGGGCCUUCGCCUCGGAACAACAACUCCUGCAUGUGGAUUUACAAAAACCGAUGAGAGUGGAAACUGACGCAUCAGACAGAGCGAUUGGGGCGGUGCUUCUGCAGCCAGGGAAGGAGGAGUCAGAGUGGAGACCGUGUGCCUUUUUUCGCGAAAGCUGAACAAAUCCGAGAGGAACUACACGGUGUAUGACCGAGAACUACUAGCCAUUCAUGAGGCGUUCCGGAGAUGGAGGCACCUGCUAAUUGGCGCACAACAUAAGGUGCAAGUGUGCACUGACCACAAGAACCUAGAGUAUUGGAGGACGGCACGAGUGCUCAACCAACGGCAAGUGAGAUGGGCCCAGGAGUUCUCCAAAUUUAACUUUGAGAUUUGUUACGUGCCAGGCCCAGAGAACAUUAGGGCGGACGCUCUCUCACGCAAACCUGAAUAUUUGGAUGGGGAGGGAGCACCCGAAGAGAGACAUGUCAUUCCAGAGGACCGCUGGGUGUGUGGGGCGGCAUUGGUGGGACAAAGAGAACUGGUAGAGGAAACAGAGAAUGAUGAAUACGCCCAGAAUAAGCUCAGAGGUCUUAGGGGUGAGGGAGAGGAACCAGGGGUUUCGAGGAAAGAAAUGGAGCUUUGUAUUACAAAGGGGCACUGUAUAUCCCUGAAGGAGACUUAGGGGGGGGGUACUCAAGCAGUUGCACGACAGCCCUACGGCGGGGCAUUUUGGACAACACAAAACCAUGUGGUUGGUCACCAGGGAAUUUUGGUGGCCCAAGGUGAGGGAAGAUGUACGUGAGUAUGUAAGAGGGUGCGAGCAAUGCCAGCGAGCCAAAGGGGAAAGGCGGGCGCCGGCGGGGCUAUUAGAACCCUUACCAACCCCAGAACGACCUUGGGAGGCAGUGUCGAUAGAUUUUAUGACUGAUCUGCCGAAGUCCAAAGGGAAAACAGCCAUCAUGGUGGUGGUGGACCUGCUAACAAAGAUGUGCCACUUUGUAGCUUGCUCGCAUGCAGUCACGGCGGAAGAGACAGCGAAGUUAUUUGUAGAACACAUUUUUAGGUUGCACGGGGUGCCAUUGAGGGUGGUCUCAGACCGAGGAAAACAAUUUACUUCCAGGUUCUGGAGGAAGCUCAUGAGCUUACUGCAGGUGGAGGUCAAUUUUCGACUGCCCGGCACCCUGAAACCAACGGGCAGGCGGAAAGAGCAAACGGUGUCCUCCAGCAAUACCUGAGGUGUUAUGUCAAUGACAGAGAGAAUGACUGGGUAGAAAAGUUGGCGCUGGCGGAAUUUGCCUACAACAAUGCCGAGAAUGUGUCCACAGGGAUGAGCCCCUUCUUGGCUAAUUAUGGGUGUCAUCCCAGGGCUUUCCCAGGGGAGAUGGGGAGAGAUGGAGCGUCCCGGCAGCCGAGCAUUUUGUAGAAGAAAUGGAAGCAAUCCAUUGUCAGCUCCAACUCAACUUAGAAAGGGCGAAGGAAGAAUACAAGAGGCAAGCAGACAAGAACCGAAGGGAAGGUGAAACCAUAAGGGUGGGAGAUAGGGUGUGGCUGUCAACCCAAGGGUUGCCGUUCAAAGGAGGGUGUAAGAAAUUAAGACCCAGGAGGUUGGGUCCCUUUGAGGUCAUUCAACAGGUCAACCCAGUGGCUUUCAGGCUCCGGUUACCCAACCACAUGAAACUGCACCCAGUAUUUCACAGGUCGUUACUGUCACCGUACGCAGGGGACGAGAAGGGAUGGCCACUCGGGGACCGGUCAUAGAAGAAAGAGAAUGCAGCAGCCAUGUGGCAGAAAUCCUCGACGCCAGGUGGAAGGGGAAUCAGGUGGAGUAUUUGGUAGCGUGGGAAGGAGAACCGGAGUCAGAAAACACUUGGGUAAUGGCCGAAGAUAUCAAUGACGAGGUAUUGAUAGAAACGUUCCAUCAAAGGUUCCCAAGGAAACCUCAGCCUGUGGAGAGGUUCCGGAGGGAAUACUUUGGGACCACUGAUGAGGAGGAGGAGUUGGAAGGCUUCCCGGACUCGGAAGGGGAAGGGGAGAUGGACUCUGAGGAGGAGGAGUACUUCGAGACCAGGAACCGCAACAGGUGGAGAGAAGUGUUCGAGACAUCGGAAGAUGAAGGAAGUUCAUUCCGGGGUUUUGCCUCCUCACCGCCCGUAGAGGAGGGGGCGAGAGGGGGUGAAGGGGGCCCUGGAGGGGAGGUGGAUGUCAGGGAACUGCCAUCGGACGGAAGGGAGGUGAAAGGGCUCACACAGGUUGGGAGAGACUCAGCAGCUGAAGAGGGAACCAGUAGGGGAGAGGAGCUGAGCUGAGGGAAAGUGAGCUGGAGGGAUGGCUCAGAGACACUUCCAGCGAAAACAGUGGGGAGGUUUCAGGACCUCCUGUAGGGACACCCACUCCUCGCCGGAAACUGACACGCAGAGAGUCCAGAAGACGUGUUUCCGUUAAGGAGCUUUUAUGUUGGAAGCGAUUCCGAAAGCAACCACUGUCGGAAUCUGCUAGUGACUAGAGGAGCCAUGUCUGAGGGGCUCCGUCACAGACAGAGGUUUGUGGACUUGAACAAACUCUGAGGGGAUACGAUUUUACGCACAAGCAGCUCAUCAUCCCAUCACAGAACUGAAACCAUAUUUAAACCAUUGUUUCAUGUUCUGGAGCCCUCGCCUUCCAUAACCACAAAAAUAGCACCACUGCAGGUGUCAUCGUUUACAAUAGUUAGAACCUAAGGGGAAACUGGUGUUCCAUAAGAGAGAGAGGUGGGUCUUUUGUGGCCGGAUCUUGAUUGCCUAACCAUGGUUAAGCAACCAGGAACAUUCCGCCUAGCCCAUCUCAAAAGAAGUUUCCUGCACAGGAGGAACUUUGUGUGUGGAAUGCAUCAAGUCCUGCAUCAAGCUUUGGAAACAUAAGUGUCAACACAGGGUUUCCCUGGCCUGUGAACUAGAGAAGAGCAGGGUGAUUUACAAUUUGGAUUAAAUGAUUUGGAUAAGGAAGUGCAGAGGAAGGAUCAACUGCAAUAAUGACUUUCUUCUGUAAACAGAUCAAGAAUAGUGAAAGUAUAAUCCCAAUAGCAUCAGUUUUCCAUUCUUUUUUCAGACGCCCAAUAUAGCAGGAGUAGGGAACCUGUGGCCCUCCAGAUAUUGUGGAACCACCAACUCUCAUUUUAAAAAUAAAUAAAAAUCUAUUGAACGUGUAUACUGCCCUCUACCCACAGGCCAUCAGCCCUAGUCAGCAUGGCCAUUGGGAUGAUAGUAAUUUACUCAGCAGCAUCUAGAGGGCUGCAGGUCCCCAACCCUUGAACUACUGGAGCACUAAGGUGACAUUUCAGCUGGCAUGCUGUAUUAUUCUUAUUUUUAAUUUUGAAAAUCUGCCUUACGAAAAUUAUUCCAGUUUUGUAAUUAGGAGCUGACUGUCAAAAUCUAUAAGAAUUUGUUUGAAAUGUUGCAUGUUUUUGUAAAAAGCUAUUUUUUUUCUUAUAAUAAUAUUUCCCCCAAAAAAAUCAUUUUAAAGUUCAAACGCUGACCUGCUGCCAUUAGAGUGGGAGAUUAGAAUUCUGUUUUGUGAGGUCACCAGGGUUUUAAAAGAAUCCUAGCAAAUUGCGAACAAGUUCCCUUUGGAACACGUUCACCUGUCAUGUUGAUGCACACCAGGUUUCUCUUAGCCUCUUAACAGCUGACAUUGACUGUAGUUAGAGACCUAACUGUUUAUGAUAGAAUCAGGUGCAUUCCAUCUCACCCUGUCUUCUCCUGCUCUGUUUCAAGGUUCAUGAGGCUUUCGGAAAUCUGGUUUGUUAAUGUUAAUAAAGUUUGUUUUGAUUUGUGGUAUCUAGGAGGUUUCACACAACUCUUUAAUAUUGUGCUCACCAUCCAAAAGACACAGCAAUAAAAAGAAAAAACAGCUGAAGAACUUAAUCAGAAAAAAAAUUAUUUGAUCAAAAUAAGAAGGAGAUUUUGGGGGUAAAUUACUUUGGUAUGACUAAUGAAAGGCUUCACAGUAUAAUUAUAUUUACCAUGCUGCUAUUCUUUUGUUUGAAGUGUCUAUGAAGUCCAUAUUGCUGUAAUAAUGUUUUAUUGUUCUGCGCAGCCAGACUAUCAAUGGUAUGUUCCCGACCGGUUUCCGCCAGAUGUGCCGCACAAGGCAAAUGGUAAGGCAACAGCUGUACUGAACACACUUUUUAAGAGUUUCUUUUUAAUGGGGUCUCUCUCUCUCUCUCUCUCUCUCUCUCUCUCUCUCUCUCUCGUUGAUCAGUAGUAAACUUUCAUAAGUACCCAGUGUGUGAUUUGUAUACAGCUCUAUUUUGUACAACUACAAUACAUGCAUGCAGCCAAGGCUGUGAAUUCUAAAUAUAAUGUAUUUGUGUAUAGCUUUUGGUAUUGCCAAGCUACUUUAAAACAUCUAACAUGCCUUAAAGAAUCAAAUAAAUCCCUUACUGAACACCUAAGAAAAAUGAAGGAUAUUGGAAUUGCAGUCCUCCAUUCAUAACUUGGUUGACAGUUGAGCAAAUGGUGCAUCUAAUAUAUGGUCUCUAAGGAGCUCAGUCUAGCCACUGUGGGUCUUUCCUCCAGGCAGUAGAGAGGAUAGUGGGUGACAUCAAAUCUAGCUAAGACUUUGCUACCCUAACACUGCUACCAUUCUGUCUUCACACCAAAUAAGUUCAAAGGCCAUGCAAGAUAAUUAUUAGUCCACACACCUCAACUCUUCAGGUUUAAGGGACCCACGGAUGAUGUCAUAUCUGAGGGUCCCCCAAAAUCCUGGAGAAAACGCUUUCCAGUAUAUCUUACCCAAUUCUAUUUGCCACAUUUUCAAGUGCAUAGCUGGUUCAGCCUCAGCUCAACCCUAUAGAAUAGGAACAUGUUUUCCUUAGAAACACAGAUCACUCUGGCUUCUCUUAGGCUAAGCUGAAGCUGCUGGGCAACUUAAUUUGUUUGUUUGUUCAUCAAGUAACUGUACAAUUAGUUCUGAAGCGUUUUCACACUAUCUUAAUACAUUUUCAUCUCUGUUUGCACAUUCCUUUCCUAUUCUUUCCUGUUUGUUGUAAGCACCCCUGAAGAAGGAAAAUGUUUUUGUUUCAGAGGCUGUAUGGUAGAGGUGGGCAGAAGUAGAAUUUGGUCCACCAAUAAACCCUUGGCCACUUUAUGGUAGGCCAGCUAAUGCUUUCUGGUUUCUGGGAUGCUUGCAAAGAAUACUGAAUUAGGUGGAGUUUAAUCUUAUACAGGAACGACUUACAUUCUUAAACAAGAAUUCAGGCUCUUUCAACAUGGAGUAUUAACAGUUAACGUGGGCUAGUUGCACAUUAACUGAUAAAAAAAAUCCUAAUCAGCAUGGAUUCCAGGUUCAGAUGGAGCGGGGUGUGUGGCAUGACACAUGAGCAAGAUUCUUCCAGUGGACUCUCCCCAUAACAGGCCAUCACCUGCUCACUACUGCUCAUUUGCAUGCCAGUCCUUCUUUACUUGGUAUUGCCUCCCAGCAAAGCAAGCCCUACCAUUUGGAGGAGGGUGGCAGCUGCAUUAGGCUUCUGUUGGUCCAUACAGUUAAAAGUAGAACAUGCUAGACUGAUAGUAACCCACCUCUUCUGUGAAUGUGAAGGACAUAUUUUCCUAUCCCUCAUUCUAUCAGAGCAGGAAGAAAUGAAGGAAGCCUAAGCAACUGACAUGGGCAGGACAAAUGGAUUUGCAGUUUGGGACAUUUGUAGGCUUGUUGGGAUACUACUGAACUAGUUGUGGGGUGGGGGGGUCUAUCAGAGUCAUUUAAGUCUGAGAAUUGCAAAAGCAGGUUCCGUACUAGAAGGCACAAGAGGCAUUUAUUUUGAGUUGUUUAUAGGACAGCAAAUGGGGAGAGAAAAUGGGAUUAGAGCCAUGCACAAUUUUGUACUGCAGACAUUAGAUAGCCUUGGGAUUGCCAGAUCUCUCACUUUGAUAAUGGAAAUCCAAUUGUGAAGACUGCAUGGCUAAAAGAUACUGGAGCGCGAUUCCUUAUAGAGGCACAGACUGUCAUGGAAAGGAUGUCGGUGCAAUACCCCAAUGUGUAGAUGGUUAGAAAGUGAAAUUUUAUGCACUUCCAAACCCUUCUGUGACCUUGUGCAAAUGUAUUUUGAUGAGUCCCACUUGCUCAGAAUUUUACAACAGUCCCUUGCAGAUUGUUUCACAAAUGAAGCAUGAGAUAUCCAGAAAACUGCCUGUUGUUCUUAGAACUAAAGCUCCUUACAAGCCAUGAAUUGGUUAGCCAUAAGAUUGCUUGGUAAGCUCUCCAUAUGAAAACUCUGCAGCCCUUAUAAGUACUUAAUAACUUGAGAGUGUAAAGCUUAGCCUUGCUGAGCCAGCUAACCUAGGAGAUCAAGUUGGCUGGCUGCAUGCAUUGAAGCCUUUAAGUGCUUAAAAGCUUCAGUUUAUAAAGUUGUUGUGGUUUGGGGGGCCAGCUGUCCCCGGGGAAACACAUGACUUUGACAAGGAAAAGCAAUCUUCAGCUUUGGGAAAAGGCAUUUGGAAAGUGCAUGAAAUUUCCUUCGAUGUUUUGAUUUGUUUACAUGUUCAAUCUGCAAAUGAGAGCCUGAAGAAAGGAGAGAAAAUCUUGGAAUAAGUGACCAAGUCAAUAAGUGUACUUAUAGAAGGGUAGUUAUUGUGGAAUCUGUGAUCCUAAUGCAUGCAGGUUUUUCACAACAUUGGCAGCAAAAUGGCAACUUGUAUAUCCUCCCUCCCCCAAUUUAAUCCAGAUUUGCCCUGUCCAUGAAAAACCCAGUAUUUUAAAACAACAACACUCUGUUGCCAAAAAGCCAUUUGCAAUACACAAACAAUCCAUUUGCAAUAUUAAGCCUCCCUUUGAAAGCCCCCUUAGAAUUGUUAUCUCUGGCAUACAGAGAUGAACCAAGUUGUGAACAAUCCAAAGGGGUGAGGAAAAGGGCUUAGGAGAAGUAAACAAGGAGUUCGGAUUUGGAAAAGGGAACAACCUAGAUUCAGCAACUUUUCAGGGCCACAAUACACUAAACUUUUCACUUAGUAUUUAAAAUGGUUCAUUGGAAAUUACAUUAGCAGGUGCAGAGGAUGAGCAGGAUCAGAACUUUCCUUUUCUCCCCUACUGUAGUCUCACUCCCUACCCCUUGACGCUGCUGUUAGUUUCUGAGAGGAUGGUCUCACUGGUACCAUUUGAAUUUUCCUCCUGGAGGUACUACUACUAUUAUUUAUUUAUUAUUACUUAUUAAAUUUUUAUACCAUCCUUCAUCCGAAGAUAUCAGGGCAGUUCACAGCAUAAAAAUACAAAAUAAAACCAGAAAAUACAUAAUAAAAACAAGAACAAGAACAAAACAAACCAAUAAUGCAUGCACCCAGACACAUUUAAAAGGGCAUAGAAGAGGAAAGUUUUCACUGGGCAUCUAAAGAUGUAUAAUGAAGGAUCCAGCUGAAUCUCCCUAGAGAGAGCAUUGCACAAAUGGGGAGCAACUGCAGAAAAGGCCCGUUCUUGUGUUACCACUCUCCGGACCUCUCAUGGAGAAAUCACAAGACAGGCCUCAGGUGGCUAUUAUUAUCCUGGGAUAGCUCAGCUGGUAAUCUCAGGGCUGUGGGUUCGAGCCCUAAAUUGUGCCAAAGAUUCCUGCAUUUCAGGGGGUUGGACUAGAUGACCCUUGUGGUCCCUUCCAGCUCUACAGUUUUAUGAUUCUAUUACGAUUGCAGAGUCCAGGUUAAUGUAUACAGGAUGAGGUGAUUCUUGCAGUAUUAUCAGCUUUGGGGGAGGUGAAUUUCACUGGGAAUAAGUUGGGAAGGAAAGGUCUAACCCCACAAAGUCUCGUGCCAUUGCACCCCUCCUCACACACUCCUCUUAUGCAAUACAACAGAAAACUAAUUGCACUUGGCAAACCACAGUUUCCUGUUGCAACUGAUCUUGGAAACUGUUUAAUAUUGGACUACAAACUACAACACGAAGCCAGCAGCUGAUCACAAUGUAUGAAAAGAGGCAACAUGUGCUGCCUACUGUCAGUCAUUAAUUUUGCAUGAUUUCCAAAAGUUUGUUCUUAAAACCUUUUUGAAAGAAGCAUCUGAAUGCUCAUAUGCAGCAUACUGGUGGUAAAUGCUGCAUGAGUGAAUAAGGCAGCAGUUCUUUCCCCUCUGCACAACAGUUUAAAUCAAAUUUAAUCUUCAUCUCUACUGCUCUCCUUGAGCAGUAUAAUCACUGAGGCGUCUAAACUCAGGUUUUGAUGCAUAUUCUGUUUUCUUAUCAGAAGCACACAAGGGGGCAGACUUCAAAAUAUUGCUAGGAAUAUGAGGAACAUGAUUUGAAAGAAGUGUGUGUGUCUGUGUGUUAUCCAUGCAUGUAUCAAGGUUUAUUACUGUUCCACAGUGACAAUUGCUGUGGCUAAAGAGGUAUUUUGACUCUCUGCACUACUCAUUUGGGCAAGGCGAGGCAGUACAACUCAGAUCAGGAUGGUGGCUAGAGAGGCAGGAACAGUCAAGCUAAGGUUUCAUGUUAAGAUAUUAUCAGUAGUUAUCCAUGUACUCAGCUCAUGGCCCACUCGAAACAAGUGUUUUAAUAAAAUCCAGAAAUUAAAUACACAUCCUCCCAGCAGAAAGUGUAGGAGUGAGCAUUAGCUGUCUCCAGCUUUAGGCUAUGGAGACAAUUUAACAACCACUUAAAAGUUUUGUUUUUUUUUAAGCACCAUUAUUUCCUCCUCUUCUCUAAUGAUGCAUGCUAUCCACUUGCUGCCCUUCACAUAUGCAGGAUAUUAACUCAAAGGCAUUCCCAUGGCUUUGGGUAGCGGACGGUGUCAUGCUAUGGGGGUUCUUUUAAGGCAUGCUGAUGAAUGCAAGCCAUAAAACUGCUCUCCCUGGUCCAUUCCCUUCAUCUUCCUCCUGCCUUCCUACUUUAGGCUUCUGCGUCAUAAAGAGACAACCCCAGGCACAUCCUUUUGGCUAGGAUGUGGGGGACAGGGUGUCUGUGUCACUCCCUUCUGAUCCCUACAGCCUAGACAGUCUUUGCAAACAGCUGUGAGGAACUGGCUGCCUUCCAUAGCAAUCAUGGGAGUGUCUGGACAUUGUAUAUUUUUCCAUUCUUUUACUAUUUUUUUUUAUUAGCAUAUAGUAGGGUGUUCUUAUUCACCAGGCAGGGUUAGGGGAGAGAUUUUGAACAGGAAAUCUAGAUAUGUUGAAAGAGGUUUCCCCACUUGUUGUCUUCCACCUUUCCUGCAACAGUGUGUGAAAUAAAGGCUGCAUACAUGCUACACUCAGGGAUGCAGGUGGCACUGUGGAUUAAACCAUACAGCUUAGGAUUUGCCGAUCAGAAGGUCGGAGGUUCGAAUCUCCGCGACAGGGUGAGCUCCCAUUGCUUGGUCCCUGCUCCUGCCAACCUAGCAGUUUGAAAGCACGUCAAAGUGCAAGUAGAUAAAUAGGUAGCGCUCCAGCGGGAAGGUAAAUGGCGUUUCCGUGCGCUGCUCCGGUUCGCCAGAAGCGGCUUAGUCAUGCUGGUUACAUGACCCGGAAGCUGUACGCCGGCUCCCUCGGCCAAUAAAGCGAGAUGAGCGCCGCAACCCCAGAGUCGGUCACGACUGGACCUAAUGGUCAGGGGUCCCUUUACCUUUACCUUACAUGCUACACAUCUGAAGUACAUGGCUUUUCCCCAACAAUUCUGGGACCCACAAAGCUACAGUUCUCAGCACCCUUGACAAGCUAUGGUUCCCAGGAUUCUCUGGGGGAAGUAUUGUGCUUUAAAUGUGUGCUGCCUAUGCAGCUGAAAAAUAGAGAAAUGUAGAGAAAGAUCUAUGGGAUCUGUUUGUGGGUGAGAGAGGUGGGUUCAAACAAAGGGCAAAAGGAUACUGGUAUCAUAAAUGUGGUUUCUUUUGAGUCAUGCUUACUUAUAACUCUCACCCACUCUUUCCUUAGCCUGUAUUAUCCUUUCUGCACAUAUAUUUUGCUGGGUACCAGAUCUAAAAGUUAACUGACUUUCUUUUAGUCUAGCUAGUGAUCAUCCUUCCUUGACAAUGGCUUCCUUUUUGGGGGAGGAGGCAAAGGAUUCAGGAACAAAGGACAAGAGUAUUCCAACUAGUGUUAUGAGUGUCAGCUUAUUUUGGCAGGUGGGAUAGUAUGAUUUCCUUCCUUUUCCAACUGUGCAAAAUUGACGAGACAGCUUAAAAAUGGGGCUGGAGCUUUUCCCUGAACCUACUUUUAAUAAAAAAAAAUUCUCUGGGAAAGAGGUUUUAUUGCUCAGGGCUUUCUUUGCAUACUUGUGAUUCUGGCAAGCAAUGUCAGUUUUGCUUCCAAAAGUCCAUUUAGUGGGGGGCAUACAAUAAGAUUGGUUCCCCCAGCACUUGUAUUUGGGAACCACAGUUAUUCCAUGAAAACCUUAAUUCAAUGACUGGGUGUCUUAUUGCUAAAUAUUUGACUAUGUGUCAUAUUUUUAUUAUUUAAGGCUAGUAUAUAGCUCACAGUGCGCAGAUGAAGGGAUACCACUAAUCUCUCCUCUAAACAUAGCUUUUCAAGGGCGUUAGUGACUUAUUUCGCCUAUACAAGCCUAGUGAGUUAGGAGUGGGAUUACAAAUGGGGAAAAUCAGAAGAGCUAAGGAGCAGUUCUGACGUUGCAAAUAUAUUAUUUCAAGUGUGUAGCGGGACCUUUAAAGUUCACUCCAGCUGUCCUCUUACCAGAUAACUUUUGUUCCAUAGCUGGAUUACAUAAUAUAAUAUACAUGUGCAUGUAUUUAUUUCCACAGGUGAAUUCUGAUUCAAAAUUCAGUAAAAGAAUUUUGAUUUUCUAUUGUUAAGUUGAGGUGAAGAACGGAAGAUCAACAUAAGCCAACAGGAUCUUCCUUCAAAAUAAAUAUAGUGCAUCCAAGAAGAGGCAAUAAAGUUUGAUCACAGGGCACCAAAUCUGAUCACAUAUUUUAUUGUUGAGCCAUGGCAGGAAAAUACAAUUCCUGGAAUUGUAAGCAAUAAAAACACUUCUCUUCCUAGUUCCAGAGAUAGGGUCUACAUGUGUCCCAGGGCAACUGCAGAUACUGUCACUGAUGUAUUGGUGCAAGAGAAAAGUCACAAUGCAGUAUAGGAAGGAUAUUCAGGAUGUGAAAGCAAAAAGAAGGGGUGGGAGGAUUGCCCAUAGACCAUCAUAGGGUUGGUUCAAAUUUGUAGCAGGGAUUAAAGAGAUUUCAAAGGCCACAUUGGAUGCCUCUGAUAAAGCACAAGCGUCUCCUUCCAGCACAUCUGCUAUUGAAGUUAGGUUGCCGGAAAGCUGAUGAGGCUCUUUGUACAUUAUCUAACCUACAACAAUAGAGUUGCAAUGCACUCCUAUCUUACCCUCCUGAUUUUCAUUAAACUUAGCUGGGACUAAUUAGUUUUCUAGUCUCAUUAGGCACAGCCUCCCAGCAGCUUCUGUAAAAAGAAUCAAGAUGAAUGCCAAGCUCCUAAUAGACAGCGGAGGGAGACUUGAUCUAUCCCUUGACAUCAUUAGUUAUGAUGGCAGCUUUCAUUAUGCUGUGGCCACAGUAGAGCUAUGUCCUCCAUACUGAUUUAUUGCUGUACAUUGAACCAGAAGUGGGUGAAUGGUACCUCAAAGAAGAGCCAACACCAAAUUUCAGGGGCAUAUGCUUAAAGUCACUGUGGUUUCAAAACAGUCUCUUACUUGGUAGCACCCAGGGAUGGCAUUCUUGUUAGGCGGAGAGAGGCCACUGCCUCAGGCAGCAGAUGCUAGAAGAUGAGAAGGUGUUAGAAGAUAGGACACACAGCUCUGUGUGGCUUACCUUGCACUCCUUCAGCUUGCCUGCUGCUGACAGGUGCUGCUGUCUUAUCACCACUGUCAAAGAAAGACUGAGCUGCCAGUGUCAGUUUUCUGUAUGUGGAAUGGAAAGAAGGUGCCACCUUGUUCUUCUUCUGGGCAGCAAAAUGACUUGGGCUGUACAAAGGGUAGACACACUUCUUGCUUAGCCACCAGGUUUUAAUCCAAAGGAAGAUUAGACUUUGGCCUUAGCUUUGCACACUGCUUUUCUUGACCAUCACCCUCCUCAUGGUGUUGGGGGCAAAGACAGCUGUCUGUGGGAUAUCCUUCACUGUGGAAAUCCCCAGGGCAUGAGGGCAUGUGACAUUGUCUGCUUCCUUGAAGCUAAAGCAAGUCUUGGUCUGGUCCAUACCUGGAUGAGAGGCCACCUGGGAAUCCUAGGUGCACUACCUUUAAUAGCAUUAUGGAAAAAGAGGUGGGAUAUAAAUAUAAAUAAAUAAAACCAAAGAUAGUUCAAUGUAAAGGGGUAAGUAGAUUUUCAGAUAAACUCAGGAACUAUUUCCCAGCUCAGGUAUCCAUUUCUGCCUGAGGUAGCUAUCCAGAGCCAGAAUUGCACAUGCCCUGAUCUCACACCUUAUCUCCUCCUAGAUACUAUUCCAGAGCCAAGAAACCCAUGAUCAGACCCUUUGAAUCAAAAUAGUUUAAAAACAACCAUUAGUGAAUGAGAUAAACAACACAAAAAGGCUUGCUUGAUACGUAAAUCCAUUAUCUUUUCCACUGGUAAAUCUACUUUUAUUCCACCCAUGUGUUUAAAACUGUACUUCCUUGAACACCACACUUUUUUGCAUUCAGAAAUAGCCUUGAUGUAAGAGUCAAAGUUUUGCUGAAGGAAGUGCCUCAAAAAGCAAGCUCAACAAUAAAAAAUAACAACAGCACCCCCAGUUUAAACAGUAGUAUGGUUUCAGAAAAGCAGCCUUCGGAAUUGAAUGUUCUAAGAUUUAUUAAUUUCCUGUUUAACAGUUAAUGGUCAAGGUGAUUGUAAAAAGUUUCAAGUAUAAUGAUUAUCUGGUAUGAGGAUGCCUAGGGAAGAUAUCAAAGCAUCUUUAUACGAACAUGUCUUUCUCUGGUUUGCAUUGAAAUUGCAUAUGGCAUUGGUAAUCCUGGUAUUCUAGUAAUAUACUUCAAAUUCCCAGAUGUUAAUGGGCUGUAUUUUCCCCCGUUGAUUUCAUGAGGCAUUCAUUUAACAUAUGGAAAAUCUUUGCCUUCUCAUCCAUUAUCUGGAGAGGGGAUACAAAAUUAGUUCCAUGCUAUUUGUUCACUAAUAUAGAUGCCACAACCUUGAAAGAGUUGAAGUUGUGAGUGUUUGAAUUGCUUAACCUUUUAAAUUGAAACAGUUGCAAUUGCUGCUUAAGUAAAGACUAGCCUUUCCCCCAUCGUUCUCUCAUCUGUUUCUCACUUUGCCAGUGUUCCAAAUGUAUCUGGAUCCGAGGACAGCAACAAAGAUUUGCUGCAGCUAGGGAUACUGUAGAUCAAAUGUCAAUUUUGUUUUUUUCAGUUUUUUGGUAGGAUCACUUUUCAAUGUGAAUUGAACUGAAUAUUUAAAUUCUUCUCCCCUCCACAGUUGAAGCCUGAUACUAAUAUCCUAAACACUUUUUUCAAGCAAGUCCCACUGAAUUCAAUGAGCCCUAAUUCAUGGUAGAUAUGUUUUUAGCAUGGGAGCAGUACCUUCACUUGCAGCUGUGAUCCUGUGCCAAUCCUCCCUUCCCAGUCCUACUCUCUUAAAAAUAUACUUCAAAAUAAGCCAGUACCAACUGGGUUCAAGUGAAACCAGACACUCUGAGGGCCAAGGAAUCCAUAUAUGCAGUACUCUAGUUUUCAACUGUCUUUAACUAAAUGAGGGCUGUGCCGUUAAAGCUCUGAAUACAGCCCUAGCAGUGGCGUGGCGUGGGGGGUGCAGGGGGGGCCGGCCGCACCGGGCGCAACAGCUGGGGGGGGCGCUCGCACUCGCAGCUCUCUAGUGGAAGAGACUCGAGUGCUAAAAUCCACGGGUUAGGGGGCGCAUAUUACUUGCCUUGCCCUGGGUGCUGACAACCCACGCUACGCCACUGAGCCCUAGGAACAAUUUUGCUUUUCAGGACUUGGUUCUAAGCCUGAAGCAAUAAAGGCAAUAAAGAGUAUUUGCAAAAUGUAUUUCUCUCAUCAUGAAAUAACUGAUGGCUCUCUCUAUACUAGGGGCACACACAACUCAAUCACUUUUACAUUUCUAUUAACUCAGGAAGGUUGCAUCACUACUUUAGAUGAAAAGCCAUUUUUCAAUCCUCCUGGUUCUUUCCUCACUCACAGUGUGCUUCCCCUUCUGUCUCUGUGUCACUAGUGGAUUCUCUGUACCCAUUUCUCUUUUAACCUUUCCUCUUUUGUACUCCCCCUUUCUUAAAAAAUGUGAACACUAUCUUUCUUCUUCCUCUGUACUCCAUAGAGCUCACCGUGUCUUCGGUCACGUCCAGAUGUCAUGAUUAUUGAGCAUUUAUUACCAUUUGUUUGUGGGGAGUGUAUACGUUGUUGCAUCAAGCCAUUGUUAUCCCACAUUUUUCAAUGCUCUCCCACCACCCCAUUCCUCAUUGCAAAAAGUUCAAUUCUGGGGGAAAGUGGGAGGUUUUUUGCACAAGAGUGCCAAAUCAACUUCAAUUAUGCAACCUAAAUUUGCUGGUAUGUUUUUUGAAUCAAAUCCUAAAAUAGUGACAGCCUGGAAGUGUUAUUUAUCUCUCCCAUGUGUUGUGCUUGUGCUUCCUCCCCCACAUCUACUCCCCUCCCCUCUACACAAUCACUUUCUCUCUUUACUCCCUGCAGCACCAUGCUUCUCUCUGCACCUCAGUCUACAUUGCCCCUCUGUUUUCUCUUUCUGUAUCCCAUACUUUACUUCUAUAUCCCAUAGAACCCCUUUUUCAGCUCCACCUUUCUGUUCCUUGUCUCUUUUGUGUCUGUCCCCUGCAUCUGUACUGCUCCUUUCCAAGUUCAGCAGCAAUGGCACAUAAGGUGUCUACUUAACCAUCUACACAAUGAAUGAAGUCUCCAGAAUGCAAGUGAGCAAGUCAUGCAAUGUGACUAGUCUGCAACAGCCUAGAGGAAUUAGUUAAAUGUCUCUGGACAGGAGGAGCAAUGUGGAUGUACACUAUUGAUUCAGUAAUUAUCCCAUUCCAAUUCCCACUUUGAAUGUGGUUUGGAUAGGCCUUAGGUUUUGUUUGUAUGCUAAGCUGGCACUGGUAAACACGUACUUUUAUAACUGUUAUUCACCUAAAAAAUGCCAUAGGUUAUUAAGUGUUUCCUUUUCUGCCUCUGUCAAUAGAAGCCUGGCAAACUGCCACCAAUGGCUUGCAUUGGACAGAUCCAUUUUGCUUGUGUGACAUGGCUGUGGGAUAUUAUUCAUUUACGGCAGUGUUUCCUCAUCCCUGGCUGAUAUAAGCAGCCACAAUAUAUGAAAUAAAUGGACAAUCCAACCAGGAUUAUGCAAGAGAUUUCUGAGUUUCUAGCACAGGAUUAACUCUGCUCCCAACUGUCUAAUGUAUCACAAACUGAGAAGAGGAGGGGGUGAAGGCACCAGUACAAGAAGCCUAUCUAGCAUGUAAGACUGUUGGAGUUUCUCUGAAGAAACUGGUCUCUUGACCCAAGAUGCUUUGGGCUUUAAACAAACCAAUAUGCUCCUUUUUGAGACUUUGCUUUUUCAUUUCAUGAUUGACUUAGUCUGGAUUCGAGCCAAUGUGUCCUUGUUUCUCUUUUUGGUUUAUUUUAGAAUAUUAAUGAUUCCUAUUGUUGUUGUUAUAGCAUAAUAUCAGUUUAUUAAUAUUUUUUAGUCCUGGGGAAAAAAACCUCAGCUCAGGGUAUACUUAUUAAGACAGUGAAGCUGGAGAACUGAAGAUGUCUAAUUUUCUUUCACAUAUGUAUCCAUUUAUUCAUAGAUGCCUCCUCAGAAAACGAAGGACCUCACUUGUACCAUACGAAGAGAGCGAACCAAAGCAAAGACAAAGAACCAUCCUGACAUCGCCUGUAACUGCCGUUACAUUUUCUUGUCCUAUUGCACUCUGUUUUAUAUGAUAUACCAUUAUAUAACAUACACACAAUGGGAGAUUUCUAUGACUGUGGCAAAAAGACAGAUUCACUUCCAGCUAUAGUUGUUGUUGUGGAAAGACUUUCUCCCCCCCC